AUGGCGGAAAAAUCCAGCUCAAACAUACAGAAAAUUUGGCAUUCAAGAGCACAGUGUUGGUAUGGGCAGAUGUUGCUUUUUCCCCCAUGAAUCACAAAGGUAGAGACAGGAUCCCAUACAUAACAGGGCUGGAUAAACUGCCCUCUGAACCCCAAAAGUCAAAGGACUCUGACCACCUGAGUGAUAAAAUCAAGCACAAUAUAAAAAGUAGGUGCUGAGAGGAGGAGGAGGGUUGCCAAGCUGUUUGUAGAGGAAGCAGCAAGAGGAGGUAGGAUGAAGACUUCGCAAUAGAACAGCCAUGACAGCAUAGGAUCAGCUGAUGCUCUGUAGGCUAGGCUAAACUUUUGUAUCCUGCCUGGACUAACACUACAUUAAAUUGACAUUAGCUCAUGCAACAUUAUGUUUUAAUGACUGUCUGGAAAGCCUCAUUAUCCUUAAGUGCUUCGACCUUUUAGCAAGCUGUUAAGAUAAACGCCCAUUCAUUUAUCUUCUCAUUUAUCAUCAAGAGCAGUUUCCUUAUUGUACAUGAUAAACUUCAGGGUUGUUGACUCAUCUCAAAGAAUAGUAAAGGGGAGCUUCAGGGCUCUCUAUUGUGCUCCAUGGAUGGGGUAUUGUGGGUAUAGGCAGAUUUUUUGAUUCCUAGUAGACUUCAGAGGAGUCAGUGGUAAAAAGCAUAAGAUUCACUAAAGCUCAUCCAACAACUUUAGGAUUAGUUGAAGUUUGAUUUUGUUACCCAAAAUCAGGUGAAUGUCAUUAAUGCUCCUCUGUCUGAAUGAGGAAUAAAUCAAAGGUGGACAAACGGAAACCACGAAACAAUAAGCAAAGGGCCGGCAGAAAACAUCAGGGGUCACUCUGAGGACCCUCAGUUUUCCUGCUCUGACCUACUGACCUAUUGAUCAGAGUAACUUCAUGAUAGUUCUGUGUGAGACAUCAUCACCCAUCUCUGUCUCCACAAAUUGAAUCUCAGUAAUCAGGUUUGGAUGUUUGGAGGUGAAUUGAAUUAGGCGUGGGACAUUUAGUGUCCUCAUACUCAGGGAAAACUGGAUUCUGUAGCUGCUGGAAAAGCCCUCCUGCUGAUCUCUGGAGGCUUCGGUGCACAGCUGUGGUACUGAGCAUAUGGAGCUGUGCUGUGAGUGACAAAAACACAAAUUAACUGGAAACAUGACCCCAAAACAGAGAUCAUCUUGUUGGAAAAUUAAGGUAAAAGGUGAACUCCCAGAGUCAAACGUUUGUGUAUGAACCUCAAACCUGAGCAGUCUGAUAAAUCUGAAACUAGUAAGCUGUAAAAAGACAAACCUAAAGUAAUAUGAAAAGGACAGAUUCGCUGUUUUACUCUCUCUCUAUUCACUUUUCAUUGAUUUUAAUGCUGGUCUCCGUCUCUCAAUGGAAGAAUGGCCUAAUUUUUGUGGGUGUUACCAUCAAAUACUGUUAAUCUCGAGGGUAUCAUGGUGUUUUGGGGAAGUUUUCACAAAUUAAACUGGGUAUCUGAUCUCCCAUUCUCAUCGACCAUCACUUCGCACAACGGAAAUUUCAUUAAAGUAUAAAAUGAUUAGAUAAUGUCAUGGAUAGUAUCAUCAAAGGUUGGUGGUGAAACUGGGCCAGGUGCAGCUGAAUUCUGUUGCAGUUCUUUUGGUGUGAGAGCCAACUUUAAAUCUGAACAAGCUCGAAAUUACAGGUUUAAUCCAUAUCCAGAUGGUUUAGUAAAGUUUUAGCCUUGUUUUUGUCCAAAUAAAUCAGGUCACCAGCAGAAAAACUGUUCGCUACACACCUUUCUUUUAACUUAAAGAUGGAGUUUUCAGCUCUUCAGAGGAUCCCAGCAGGGCUGAAUCGUUUCGGAGACAACAGUGUCCUUUCUUUGUUUUCAAAGUUCAUUUGAAGGUACAGCAUAAAGAAUUGGGGAUUUUAUGUGUGUGUGUGUGUGUGUGUUUGUGUGCGGUAGUUAUUUGCAGGUCUAAGAUCGAAAUGCUCCCUUGCUCACCCCUCUCAUCAGUGAGGCUACGGUGGCCUUCAAGGACAAAAAGCACCAGUGGACGUCUGUCUGUACAAAUUCUUUAAUGAAACCAUGACCACUCUCUACUUCCUGUUUUUUUUUUUAUUAAAAAAGAAGGCUGGUUAUAAGUGAACAAAAACAAAACAAUGUUCAUAUUACACUAAUUUAACCAGACUGUAAAAUAUUAUGUUACAUUUCUUCAAGUCUGCUCUGGUAAAUGAAGACAAAUACUUCUGACUGUACCUUUGAGAUAUUGUGCACAAUUCAACUCUGCUUCUGGGAACAAACCUGCGUAAAAGUCCGGCACAACAUUACAAAAGCAGGACGCACAUUGGAAGGAGAUAAAAAGAAAUGCCAAAGAUCAUUUACUUUAUUGAAAAAACAAAGUAAACUUUAAUAAAAUAAAGAAUGUCAGACUGCAGAGGAAUGUCUAACUCUUAUACCGUGGAUAAAAGACGAGAACAGGUGAAACAGAUGCUGUUUGGGACACAUUUUAUUGAACUUAGAGUUUAUAAAAAAGAAUCGGUAUGAAAUUAAAUAAAUAAAGUUUCACUGACAUUUUUGGUCCAGUUAGACUUUUACGUUGAGUUUUAUCACUGUGUGAAGCUAGGCUGACCAUGCUUAAGUCCCAUGUUUUCAUUCUCCCCCGGUUUGGUAGUCUGAAUCAAGUAUGAGAUUAUACAUAAAAGCAGCUGAAUGAACGAGUUUCUUUUGCAGCAAGUCUCAGUGAUGAAGAACUGAACAGAACUUAACUAAACUGAAUUGAAUUGAGUCAAAGUGGGUCCUGUCUUAGGCUAAGGUCUUUCAGAUGGGUAAAGUCCUGGUCAAAGCUCCCUCAGAUGGAUCCAGUCCAGGUCAAAGCUCCCUCAGGUAAGUCCAGUCCUCUUCAAAGCUCCCUUGGGUAAGUUUUGUUCCCCUCAAAUCUCCCUCAGGUGAAUCCAAGUUUGUUUAAAGCUCCACCAGGUCCUUCUCAAAGCUCCUCUAGGUGAGUCCAGUCCAGGUCAGAGCUAUCUCAGGUGAGUCUCUUCCAGUUCAAAGCUCCUUCAGGUGGGUCCAGCUUACACCAGACCAGGUGUAAGGCUUGAAUCAGGUAUGACCCUUGUGUCAGUGUUGACUAUCUUUUCUCUCACUGUUCUCCCUUGACUUUGAUAUUCUGGUGCAUACAACACUGCAGGAGCCUGAUUGGUCAACGCAGCUGUCAAUAAACUGCUCUUUAUACCUUAAAAUAAUUAAAUCAAACUAAACUUGUAAGAAGAAUGAACACUGUGAUAUAAAUCAGCAUGAGAAGAACUAACUAAAAUGACAGAAAUGAUGUCUGAGGAACUUCUAUUUGAUGUGUUUUUGGCUUUUAUAUUUUGAUCCAUGUUCCAUCUGUUUACAUGGUGGAGGCUGGCUUUAUACUGCAGUCAGUCAGCAGAGGAAGUUCCAAGUCGUUUGGCGUCAGGUUCAGUGAGCACUUAUAGCUUUCAUUUUAACAUACAGUCUAUGGUCCUUUCAAGUGGGUGGCAUCCUUAAUACUAUAUAUGGAAAUGGUGCACUUUUAGAUUAAGCCUCAAGUGGAGACUAGGGAAAUUGCAACUUUACUGUUCAGCACUGGAUACUCCCAUGAUGUUAGGUCAUGAUUGGUGCGAAUGAAAAAUGACUUCUUUUUGAAAUUUUCCUACCAAAUGACAACCACAGACUGAAGAAUUUUUUUAAGCUUCUAUUUUUCUACCAUAUUUAGGUUUGAGGGGUUUCCUCACCAGCUCACAGUCCCCACUGUCCCUAUCUUGAUAAGUGCUCUGCUGUGCUUGUCUCCAGCUGUGUCCGUCUGCUGUUAAUCAGGUGGUGAACGGUGGCAUUUACAGCCUCCAGUCUUACAGCCACCACCUGCCGGGGCAGAAAACAACACUGUAAAAGCGAUGAGGGUGAAGCUGCACAGUUGAGUCAGAACAGGAUGUCAAACAAUGAAAUAAAACUCAGUAUGAAGCUCAGGGGGCCGAGGUUAGCAGCAGACAGAGGUCAUUAUACUGCACUAAUGUGGCAUUUUUAAGGCAUUCCUAACUGCUUUUUUAUGAAGUAGUUUGAUUUUGGUUUUACGAAUAAACCAUGCCAUAAAAAUACCAAUAAAGAGUGAGUACAUCUUUGUACAUCAGCUAUUGAAAUCCAAAAAGCAAAUUAUGUUCAACUUAAAAGGGCUCUUAUUCAAUACUUGAAGCUCCUGUAAGUAGUUUUUCUUUGGUUAGAAAACAGGCUGAAAUGUUUACUGGUGUCUCUAAAUGAGCUUAAAAGGCAAACCAGACCAUUAACAACAAAAAAGGUAAUUCCAUGUAGAGAUUUUAAUGUUUACAUCUAGUGCUGCAGGGUCAGUGUCAGGGGAAGUGAGAGCAGCAACCACCCUAUGCUUACAUUUUUCACAUCGAAUUUCCCCUCUGGGAUAAAUCAAGUUCUUCUCUCCUCUGUUCUUCUCUUCUAUUUACUGUUACAAGAGACAGCAGAAUGUGAUAUUUAUUAAGAAAAAAUAAACACAUUUUACACGUUUCAGGUAAUAAACAAGAAGAAUCAAAUUUUGACCACAGGAUCAACACAAAGUAAGAGUUUCUAACAUGAGCUCAAGGGAGAUGCUGCCUAAUUGUGACUGAGUAUAUCAGCCUGUUUUAUUGUUAUUUCUGUGGAAGCAAAAUUCAAACUUAUUACCUCGCUUUCCUAUGAAUCAUCUAGCUGUGUUAAAUACUUGAUUCUGAUUGGUCUGAGACAGAUGCCCUUCAAGGUCGACUGCAAAAACAUUUCUUAAGAAAAAAGUUAAAUACUUCUCUGUUAUUUAUCGAACCAAUAUCAUAUAAUGAAAUGCAAAAUCAUUAAACAAACUGAGAAAAUUUUAAUGAAAGACAAUGAAGAAAAUACAAGUUAGCAGAAAAAGUUAAGGGAUGCGAAAAUGCACAAGGAGUUGAGUGAUAGUAAUAUCCAUUGAAUUGAAGAAAAGAAACAUAGCAUGGGCUUUGUCAGGACUGGUUGAGUGAGAAGAAAAUACCAGCUAAAAAAAAGGAAAGAGGACCUCAUUCAAGUUCUUCUUUUGUUAAAAAUACCAACAGAGAAACUAAUGUUGAUACUUGUCUUUGAAUGAAUGUGUUUGUUGUGGUGUUUUAACAGUGAAUCAGGCUCAUGUGUAGACUAAACUAUAAACUUGAAGUAUUCAAAAAAUGAAAGUGUACUUUAUAUGCAGUAAUCAAAUUAAACAACUUUUAUAAACUCAAUGAAAAAAACUAAACUUUUUUAAUGUUUAAAAGUUGAUGAAAUUCAACAUCUAACAAGACAUGGGGAAGUUUAUUUUAUGUGCUAAAAAAAGAAAAUUUAAGACAAAAAUUAUUUCUUUAAAUGGAAAAAAACUUCACAAAACAGGAAAUUAUUUAUUACAUACAAAAGCUCACAAUUCAGAAAAUAAGGAUAAAUCGCAACAAACAUUUCAAAAACAAAAAUAUUUCUUUAUUUGCAAAAACACUUUUUCAUGGAACGCUAGAACACUUAAAAAACUCUAUUUUUUGGGAAUAUUAAUUGUUUUCUUUUUUUAAAAAUAUUGAGAAAUAUCCUUGAUCUACUCAUUUUUUACAAUUUUAUUUCUCAACUUGAAAAAAUUACCUUGUAAAAAAAAUUUGCACCAAAUGAAAUGAUUUUGACCUCAAGAAAAUGUUUUUAUAUUCAUAAAAAUGUUUGUUCAUUUGACCUCUAGGGCCACCAUACCAUACAAACAAUAAGCUCAUAUAGAAGUACCACACAGCUGUAGGCUGAAGUUUGGGACACGUGUGCUCUCUGGUCGUUUUGAGUUAGAUGUGUGUGUGUGUUUGUGUGUGUGUGUGUGUGUGUUUGUGUGUGUGUGUGUGUGUGUGUGUGUGUGUGUGUGUGUGUGUGUGUGUGUGGUUCUGGGGCACAGGUGUGUGUUAUAAAUCUCUUUUUUUCUCUGGACCUCUCUAAAAUGAAGCGCUAACCCCUCCUCUAAAUGAAUUGAGUCGGUGGUCUUAGCUGUUGGACCAUAUGGCAGCACACACAGAGACUAGGUUUACCCACGUCUCUCACACACACGCACAGACGGACAGACAGCCGUACACGCUCACAUAAUGCUCGGCCUGUUGGUGGUGCAGAGUUACACCCCCUCCCUUUCUCGUCCUUGAGUAUUGUGAUGUCUUCUCGCGACAGUUACUUCCCCUUUGAAAAAAAGUGACGGGAUCGAUUCUAUCUCGCGAGAGCUGCCUCAGCGGGAGCCCACCCUUCAGUGAUGUCGACUGCAGUCGGUAUAAUAGCAGAGAGGGAAGCGCAGGGAGUCUAGGAGGAGCUGCGGCAAGGUCGACAACAGCAUCCUGCUCCGAACCACCGACUUACCGACACACCAGAGACCCAAGAUCAGAGAGCUGAGACCCGAUCUAGAGGGGAGCUGGAUUAAGUCCACCGGGGGAAAUUGGAUUUACUGGCGCGCAAGAGAAAGAGGAGAGUGUUUGAAAGUUUGUCGCCUCAUGUUCAGAGGCAGCUAAAAGCUACCCCUCCACGUCUCUCCGCGCCGCUUUCUGCGCCUCUCUCCCCGGCGCAUCGGCGGUAAAUAGGCAGCGAGCGGUGCGUGUGUAUGCGGGACUCCUCCCGGGCUUUCAUACUUUCUCCCGUUAGUUUGCGGGCCGUAACGUGGCUCCCUCUCACUCGGCUUUCACGUUUGUUUUUGUGCCAUGUCAGCGACAUCCCCCGCGCCUUCCGCCCCGGCAGACAGCGCCGCGGCUGAAUGUGACUUUCUCGGUGCGGAUGCGGGGCUGAGGCCGCCGGGUCCGACGCCCAGUCAGAGCCGCUUCCAGGUGGACCUGGUAGCGGAGGCAGCGGGCGCCGCCGAAGACAAGUCCCCGAGCUCCGACGCCUCUACCACAGCCCCAUCCAGCGAUAAGGCCACUCCCGUCGCUCCGACAGAUGUUCCGGAUCCAGGGGCCGGUGGGGAGGAAGCUAAGGGCCGGUUUCGGGUGGUGAACUUCGCGGAUCCAAGCGGAGCGGGUAGCGCGGCCUCUCCAGACGCACCGCCGGCGGAGGGGCUGCAGAACGGGGACACGGUGAUGAGCGAAACCAGCCUGCAUUCAUCCACAGGCGGCCAGCAUCACUACCACUACGACACCCACACCAACACCUACUACCUGAGGACUUUCGGACACAACACCAUCGACGCCGUGCCCAACAUCGACUUCUACCGGCAGACAGCAGCUCCUCUGGGGGAGAAACUGAUCAGACCCACCCUGUCGGAGCUGCACGACGAGCUGGACAAGGUAAGCCGAAACACAUGGCUCGGAGGCAGGCAGUCUGGUUAAUCAGCCUCGGUGAUAAUCAGAGAGGAUGUGCAGCGUGGCUUCCAGAGGGCGGUAAAGUCCAGCUCACAUCCUGAGUCCAUCCUCUCAGUGUUUCAGGUCAUGUGUUACAGCUACACAUAUGGAGAUGGUUUGUCUGUAUAUGCAGACAGAAACUGCUGCUUCAGGGUCACAAACAUAUGCUCACACUCAGAGGAAUGAGCAGUUUCUGCACUAUCAGCUGAUGAAUACACUUAUUGGAGUAACAGAGCAGGAUCAGGGGAAUCUUCUCUGAAUAGCACACUGACUUCAACCCUUAUCACCUUUCAGCUAAUUUGUGUUUACAUUAAAAACUUUAUGGCCUCUGGGAGUUUUCUCUCUCUCCUAAUUUCCUCACACCCACUUGUUGGGAUGCUUCACAGCCAGAAACCAAAAAUUUCUUCCUAUUGUAUGACAAUGAGCAUUUUCCCCGGAUGCUGCAGGAAUUUAUGAGCAGCUCCAGCAGCUUUCACUCUUGUUUGAAGGUUCUCCAGCAGAAAGGAUGCGGGGCUGCUCGGGGUUGAGGUCAGGGCUCUCUUUGUGUAGGGGCCUUUGUAAACGGGGGUCAUUGUCAUGGUGACACAGGAAGGGAUCAUUGCCUACAUGUUGGUUCCACAAAGUUUGAACAACAGCGGUGUUUGAAAAUGUUUGGAGAAAAACGAGCUUUUUUGUAACGAGUUGUAGCCAGAAAUCAACAACUUGUGUCUGUCUCUUUAGGGAGGGCUACCACUUGUUACUCCUUACAAUUCAAGGACUAAAGACAUUUAUUAAUUCUGUUAAAGUGUCAGUAAUGGAGUCGUGUGUGGUUGUAUUUCUGCAAGCUUUGUGGUGUUACUUUCCAGAUAACAUCACUGUCAAAGUUUCACUCCUCUCUGCUUUUUUGUUGUUUAAAGAAAAAACAAUUUCCUGCAGAGGUCAGUUUGACGUUGUUUCAAACCUGUCUCAUAAACAAAAGGAUGCACAAAAAAGUAGAGGCAUCAAUUCACCUGUAGAGCUGGGUGCAUGUUUUUCUGAUUUUUGUCCACAAUUUUAAGAUGAGACAGUUGUGAAUGAUGCCGCACGGAAGGGAAGUGUUUUCAUUUCUAUUGUCAGGGGGUGACCAGUUUUCCACUGAGCUGCCUCAAACAAUAUGGUCACAUAGGCUGAUCUGAAAUCUAUAACUACCUUUUAUUUUGACUGGUCUUCAAAAAUGUUGAUCAUAUGAAGCUUCAGUGGCGAAGUUUUGGCUGUGUCGACUUUGGCGCCCCCUGUGGACAAAGAAAAAGUUUUUUAGGUAUCAAAUUUAUGUGUUUUUUGUGUGUUAAUGUUAUACCCUGAUGAGAGAAACAAGAUUUCUGACAGCUCCUGACUGCCUGCUCAGAUGCAACCUUAAAAUAAUUGUGGAAGUUCCUCUAAAAAAAACUCACGUACCUCAGGAUUUUUAAAGCUCCUGUAAGGAACAUUUGAUUGUGUGAGUUUUGCACCUCCCUGUGGUACAGUUAAUCUCUUUCUAGGUCUUUCCCGGAAGAGUUAAUUUGGGUAAUCUUGUUCAGUAAAUUAAAUGCCAUAUCAGAAACCAGAAUAAGGUGUUUUUGGAUUUUUCAGCAUGAGCAUUUACUUCUUAAGCAACAAAGAAUCUGAGUUAGUUUUGGAGUAAUCAAAGAAAUAUUUGGAGUUUAAAUGUCAUUGACAGACUGAAGGCAGACAGAGUUGAGGAACAAUUUAGGUUUUAUUGUCGCUCUUUUCCCCUAUCCAUGUUUACACAGUUUUUGCUGAUCAUGUCCUGCGUUUAAAAGUCCAGUUUCAUCAUUUUUAUUUUGAAGGUGUAAACUGCAACUCAAGAAUAAGUCUUUGGUGUGAAAAAAAGAAAAAUCCUGUUUCAGCAGCAUGCUGUUAAUCUCCUCGCCUGACUUUGACCCUGCAGCAGCAGGGACAGGCUUAUGAAGAUACAUAUGUAGAAAUAAUCAGAUUCUUCCUGAUAUAGAGACAUCAGUAUUAAUUGGUGUCUUUGUCAUAACCAGCUCUUCACAUGGGCUGAUCCUCUCUGGUCUAAAGCAUUGGCUUUAAACAUUGAUGGAUUGGACUUCAAAUUGUACCAAACUCUCACAACUUUUAAAUGAUUGCUUGCUGCUGUUCUUCCACUUAAAGGUCCAAAAUAACCCCGAAAAAGACAAUUUAUAGUUUUUUGAACUGUCCAAAAGUUUACAGACACCCUUCUUGUCUCCAUGCAUUCAGAGGGUCACUGCAUCCAGUGGCAAGCAUGUAAAUUUUACCCCUUAUUUGUCGCCUGGUUUGUGACUCUGCUCGGUUUGAAGAUCUCCAUCAUGUCCUGUCAUGUACCGUCCUCUUCCUCCAGGCGAAGUGAACGGCAGACCUGACGGAUGGGUUUCUCCUCUGCAGACGUUGUUUUCAGUGAAAUCAGCUGCUGUUAGCUCAGUAUGAAGGUCACUGCAGCAUGUGACUGAUGACAGCUUUCUCUUUAAGUUGAUUUAGGUGACCUGAUCCGAGUUUUCUGCAGGACUUCAGCACGUGUUUAUCCCACGCUGUGUGUGCAUGAAUAAUCGGGAAUAUAUUUUAAUAAACUUAACUGGUUUUUUUUUUUCAGCAGCAGUCUGUUUAUAGCUUCACACUCCGGCUGAAUCCGAGCGUGUUUUUCUCUGCACUGUAAACUUGCAGCUAUGAAUAGAGGACAUUCAUAACAUGCAGUAAUCUGUAUCCACCCUUAUUUUAACUUCAUAUCCUCCAGUGCAUUUACUAAAUUAGAAUACAGUCCUUUGAUGCAGCUCAGCAGAUAGUCAUCAUCACUUACUACUAAAUUGGGAGCAGUAUUUAUCAGUGGCUCAUUGUGCAGCAGAUUUUAUUGCAGCCGUUUUAAAAGAGCCAGACUGUGCUGGAUGUGAAAGGCUGCUGAUGUCCGUGUCCAUCAAACCAGAUUAUCUGAACCAUCUCUGUCAGUUUGGUGAGAAAAAAUCUGCGAUUGAGAUCAGCAGUGAGUGAACUGGAGGAAGGGGUUUAUGACUGCAGACACAGAAAACUUCUCUUAGCUCUGGGUUUUAGCAGAGGUGUCGCACACGGUCAGUAUUGAGAGCAAAAGCGGGAAGAAAACAAUCCACCUUAAUGACAUCCGGCUCCCAUGGUUGAUGAUCUGAGGUGCAUUUAAUUUUCUGUAUAAACGGAUAUCAGCGUGAAGAUCAGCAAAUAAUCUGAUAGAAAGUUAGACAUAGCUUGGGGUGUUACUUUUCACACAGCUGUGGUCUCAAUUUGUGCUGUGUCCUCUUGCUUCUGAGCUUCAUAAAAGGUCUUUCUAGAUGAACAGCUCCAGGUUUCAGUCAAAGCUGAGACCUAAAUGCAGCUGGUACUGGCCUUAUGAUACAAAGGCCAGUACGGGAAGGCCAGUAUGGGGAGGGGCGAGCACAAACUAUGUUGUGGCUGUUGUGCUGAAAACAUCCAACUCCGAGACUUGCCACAGUUUGCCACAGAAUUUACAGCAAAACUGAGACUCAACACAAAGAGGUAGACCAUGAGCCAGAGUGAAGAGUCUGGGUUACUAACUUUUAACAGUGUAACUGAGAUUUAGACGAACAGAUGAACCAGCACCUCACUGAGCAGGAAAUGAUGUUGGUUACUUUGCAGAUAAAUCUGGAAGGCUGAAUUUCUCCUCACUUUUGAUCUAAACACACAGUCGGUCCUAAUGUUGAUAAUUGGACUGUAAACGGUGCAGCGCUCUCUACAGCUCAGCAGACGCUGUAGUAUAAAUGCCGUAGAAGUUUGCAAGCAGAGGAAUAUACGAUGGGGGUUCAGAGUUGAGAUGCAAAGUGGUGUACUGGGAUAUGGGUUCUUUGUUGGAGGCCCAGUUUGACCCAGUCUAAGACCACUAUACCCCCACACACAUACCACCACCACCACCACCCAUAUCAGUCACAUGAUAGUUGAGUCUACAUGGCUCACAUUCCAGUGAACACAGCCGUCAUACAUACAGCAGAGUAAAGAGGUUUCAUGCUUUGCAGCGGCUUGAAUACAAACUUUUAGGUUUGGUUGAAUCAUCUACUCAUUGCAACAUACUAUCGGUCUGAUCAUCUGAAGGAGAUCUCCAUGGUCAAAGAGGUCCUGUUGUUGCCUUGAAUAAAAAAAACAACAACUUUUAUGUCAGAUGGGUAAAGAAAAAGUCAUGAGAGUAGUGUCUGAAGAAACAAAAUGUUGAAUGCAGAAUACUGUGAUUUUGAGAAGAUUCGAGUCUAAAGCACUGAAGUUGUUAAACCAUGAGCUGUAAAAGUGUAGAAGUUCAAAAGCAGGGAUGAUCAUACUGACCUUGAUUUAACUUUAUCAGAUUAUUAAACUGAAAUAUCAGUUUGUUCAAGGGAAGGCCACUAUGAGGAACGCCCUGUUAGCAUUCCUGGAUGAGAUAUAACCCUUGGUGAAAAACAGUUUCAAACUCAGACGCCAGAGAACAUGGCGGAUAUUUUUUAUUUAUCUGCAGACCCUUUUUUGAAGCCAUCACAAUAUUCAUGGAAGGACUGUUGCUACCUGAUAAAACAGUCUUCAGGGUUAGUCUUAUCCAUUUGAUUAAGAUUUUGUUGCUUUGCUGUAAAAAAGGAAAAAUCCUCUAUUUGUUUUAUAUUUUCCUACAUAUAGCUUAAUCCAGACCAUUUUAACUGUAAAUAAUCUCAUAAAAACAGAAUGCCCCUUUAUUUGAAGUGUUUCCCACAAAUAUGUGGGAAUGUCCCUUUAACUCAGGAUAAUUGUCCAGCGUCAUUAGGCUGUAAGUGGUCUAAGUUGUGACAUACAUGCUGACAGAUCUUUAAAUUGAUUGAUCGUCUGUAGGUGGAAGUGGUAUGAUGAACCUUAAAGUCGUCAAUACACAGGAAGUGACGCCACAGCUGAUGGAUUAUGCUUCUUCUCGCUGUAUUAAGAGUCAUAAAACCAAUUAGAUCUAAUCAUUGUCAGAGCAUUUAGAGCAAGAGUGUAGCGUAGGUUUUAGAUUUUGAAACCACUUGUUUUCAUAGUGGGCAUUAAACUUUAGUACCGUAGUCUAAAGCUGAUCUGGUUAGAAAACUAACUUCCUGGUCUUUGCCCUGCACUGACACCAUUUUUCAGUGUAGUGUAAGUCAAAGCAGACUUCCUCCUGCUGUUGUAUUUUAAUGAAUCUUGUUGAAAGCAGUCUCCUCUUUCUUAACUUUGACACAAAGUGCUUUGUGAUGAAAAGCUGCUCUCAUAUUUUCUCAAGGUUGCCCAGCUGACAGAGCGCUCCAUUAUUCAAUCCGAGUCUAUCAGCUCUUAAAGACGGCCUCCUAAGAAUCAGGAGUUUCAUCACCUGUGAAUUAAUCAUGUAGGGGCCGGAUCUGAUGACCCGCAGAGAGCGGCAGGGACGAGGUUCCUAUCUGUGAAUCUGGUCUUAAAAUCAGAGAGUUUGAGUGUGUUUGGAGGUCACUGUGACCGCUUGUAUCUCGUCUGACAGUGAAGAGCUUCCCUAUGCGAGCAGAUCGAAAACACACAAUGGAAAUUCCACUGUAGCAUUGACUGAUGUUCAUGCCCUGAAUCAAUCAAUGAGUCAUAUUCACUGUACUCUGAGGGCAGAUACACUCAGUACUGCUGCAUUAUCCGCUGAUUAAUGAUACACACACUGUUCAUGCUUACAAGUCAGAUCACUCGGGAGGUCACAGUUUUCUCUGAAUAAGUCAGCAGGAAAAACAAAAAAACAACAACAGAAACACUUGUUGUUGGUUUUGGAAAAAACAUUGAAGUUCACAGCAGUUUAUAUACUGUGUUUCUCCUUAAUAGACGCUUUCAUAGCUUGUAGACACUAUCAGUGUGUUUACAUGGACUUGAGUGUCCCAGUUAUGAGCCUUCUUCUGAAUUUUGUAUCAUCAUAUUCAUGUUUACUUUCACACAGACAAACUUUGUUAGUCCUAUUCUUACACACCUGCUCAGUACUCGCUCUCUGGUUUAUUAUUACUGCUUAAAUUAUGAAUUUAAUCACACUCACAUAAUUCCUUAUCAUCAUGAUCAUGUGAUUGUCUGUUUUUAAGAGACUUUUCUGUUUCUGCUAGGUGUUUCAUUUACAAACAGAGUGGCAAUAUGACUCAGAUAUGUCGCAUAGACAUCAACCUAACAUAUGAACUCAAUAAGAUGCUUUUAGGACUUGUCAGAGUUUAAAAUCUGGUGUUAUGUGAAUGAGAACAGUUAGUGAUGGAGAGGCUGUGAUGGAGGGCGGAGACACAAAGACACAACAAACAGGAAGAAGUACAACUUCAUCUGAUCUGCAGGUUUGUGGGGUAUGGACCUCACUUGAUGGUGUCUUUAACCUCCAAGAAAGAGUCAUAAAUAACUUCUUUUUUCUCUGUUUGAUUUUGUCAGCAGCGCUCGCUCUCCUCACUUUGCCUCUAUGUAACUCGACCGCAGCUGCCUCAGCUUCAAACUGGUCGAUGUUCGGUUGUAUUCAGCGCUCUGGGGGAGGCAGCAGUUUUUCUCUGACCUGGUGUGUGUGACGUGUGAUCUGUAUGUGAUUCAGCAGCAGCAGAAUUCUGUGUUCUGCUGUAGGUCCAUAUUGACGAGCCGGGAGGGAAACGGUGACAGGCCUGAUUGAUUGAUUCAGGCCGGAGUGGUUCGAGCAUAGAUGCGUUCUGCUUAAAUAUUGAUGUGACUCAGUUUGAGGCUCCCGAGCUGCACUUUCAGUCUGAGCAGAGCCAAAGUCAUGCAGAGCAGUUGUUCUUCCUACUGUAAAGGUUUUUCACUGAUUAAGGUCACAGGUCCUCAAAUGUUUCCACCUUAUCUGACACGAUUUAAACCUGUUUUGAAGCUUUAAUCUGAAGAUUUGCAGAGGCUGUGAGUCUUAGCGUGCUUCCUCGGCCAAAGAGAGUCAUGAAUUCCUUCAGUGAUACUGUGGAUAGAGGUGUAGCUUACAGCAUUUUGGAAGUCUACUUAUUAGCAAUUCAGAUGAUUAACUGACUAAUCACUUUAUGAGUUGCACAAAUAUUUAUCACUUACAUGCCUCCAGAUUAACCUUUACAAGUGUUCCAGGCCUUUUCUUUGAAUUAUUGAAGGUGUUGCAUCACCCACCAACAUGUUAUGUGGGCAGGUUUUUUUUCACCUGUUACUUCCUAGUUUCUGUUUUGCACGUCCAACUCACAUCAGACAGGAAAAAAUAUGAGAUGUCUCACCUCUCAGCCACUCAGAAAACUAAGCUGUGUCUGCACAAAGCUUGGAAAACCUUCGCAAUUUUGACCAAUGAAUUAUUGAUGGCAGUCAUAUUUGAAACUGAUGUUAUGUUUUAGUUUUUGCAGACAUCGCUGAUAAAUCCUCAUAAUCUGACUGGUGGAUGAAAUUAUAGCAAAACAAGGAAGAGAAAAGCUGACUGGUAACAAGUAGUUGACUGAUAGGAGUUUUUCUAUUAAUAAAUUAAACUAUUAGACAAAAUACACCAAGUAAAUGACCAUAAAAAAUGAGAAAAUAAAUAUUUGAUCAUACAAACCUCAACAUAGAGAUAUUUGAGUCAAAAAAGAAGAAAUAAAAAAGGAAGAAAAGGGGUUGUUUCCUGCUUUGGUGCAGGAAUUUAUGUUAAAAUCGAGCAAUUGUGAGCUGUUAAAUGUUUCAGAAACUGUUUAAAAAUAAUGUGAAAUUAGAUUUCAAGGCAAUCUAAGUUUAUUUUGGAGUAUUUAUUUAUAAAGAGGGCCUUUUGAAACACAUGGAUAAGCAGAAAAAGCACAGUGAACACAAAAUGGAUUUGAGUAAAAGAUCAUGAAACAAGUAAAUAAGGUUUGAUUUAGAUUAAAAAAGGAAGUUUGUAUGCAAAACAUCAGUUAAUGCAGCUUGUUUGUGACAGGCGGAAAAAAAUGUAAAUAGAUGAAUAAAUAAAGUAAAACAAAGCUGUCAAAAGGUCUAGAAAAUACUAAAAUAUUUUGAUCUUGCCGCUCUAAAUGAGCUUUUCUGCACACAUCACAUGUCUCAGGUAUCUGUCUUCUCUGUCCGUGCAGAGCGUGGUGGUGCGGUGCGGCAGGAUUGUUGCGUUUGGUGUGUUGCACAGUUGCCAUAGUGUGUGUCGUGUCCCCUCUUUGUCUCCUGAGGUCUGCUAAUGAGAACAGGUCGUCUUUAAUCCUGCUGUUUGUCUCAUCCAGCGGCGUGAAUCCUCACACACUCGCACGUCUCCAUGGACACCGCAGGAAGUCACAGAGCGUGUGUUUGAAUGUGUGUGUGUUUGCAGGAUGGUCAUGUGACUCGCAGUUUGUUUUUACAGCAGGCGUGCAGUAACCGUUACUCUUUUGAGUGAACAGCUCUGUCUGUUGAAGCUCUUGUUGACUUUUUCAGUCUCAGAUGGAAUCAAACUAGUCUUUUGGUGCUAAAGUUUAAAUUUCCCUCCAUGUUUAAAGCUGGUAGACGUCCACGCAGGCAGGAGGAAGAUCUGAGGGAACAUCUUGAAUCGGUGUUGCCGUGUUAUCACAGAGGUUUCUCGUAUUUCACACUCUCUGCCUGAAUGUGAGCGAUGUCUGAUGCCUCGUCUCUGACUCAGUUCAUUUUUUUACAGCUGGAUGUGAUGAUGAGACUAAUUACUGCUUUUUUUAGCUCACACCAUCUUAUUGACUUUGUCUUUCCUUCUGAAGCCUCCAGUGGAUCACAUUUGAAAAAUUUGGCCAUGUUCACACUGCAGGUCAAUUCCGAUUUUUUUUAACCAUAUGUGACAUCAGAUUUUUGAACAGUGCAACUCUGAUUUUUUUCAAAUCCAUGACUGUGUGUCUGUGUGACUGCAGUGUGGACGCUCAGGUCGCGUUCAUCCGACCUUUGCGUCAUCAAUAUGCAACAAACAUCACUAUUGUUCGACAACACAAACAGGCGUGGGAAGCGAUUUGUGUUUCACGGAUGCAUUCCGUUCACAUUAGAUGCCGCAUUUGUUGUUGUAAUGUGAGCGACCGCACAAAAAGAAUGGAUUUGACAAAAAAUUCGAAUUGUGCAUCAUAACCCGCAGUGUGAACGUAGCCUUUGAUAACCUUUUAAAGUGAGUUUACGGAUCAUUUGGACCAGGGCAUGAUGAGCUCAAGGAAACAUGGAGGAGGAGGGCGUUCAUUGCAGAAAUAUCUGACUGAUGGAUGUGAGAUUUUUUACACAUAGCGUUAAUGUUUCAAGUGAGUCAAACACUAUGUUAGUUUUUAGAUCGACAACACACUGAGCAACUGGUACGAACGAUCAGUCAGCCACAGGUGGAGAGAGGAGGAGAGCAGGAGAAGGUAAGUGUGUCUGAAAAGCCGAGGGACAGAGAGAGACAUCGUUCUGGAUCUUCCUCGUGUAAAAAUACUAGAUUUAGUGAGUAUUAUCACCCAACUUUUAAGACUGAAGAGGUUUGUUAAGUUGCCUGAAUGUGUGUGAUAUGGAUUCUAAAUCAGGACUCAUCUAAAUCAUAGUGGUCAUGAUUAUUCCCACUGCAUGUGGAGAGUCACAGAAAACACACUUACAAAUUCAAACAUGCCUGAACAUGAAGAAAAACAUUCAGAGAGAGGGAGAGAAAUGAACCUCCUCAUUGAGGUCAGGGAAAGAAGUGAGUAAAUCCAGUGAGGAGGCGUUUUAAUCGGUCACCUCCUCUCAGGUUGUCAAAAAGAACUUCACUGGCCAUGGCCUUUUAAAGGGUCUGGAUUUGUGUGGCUGUUUUGUCGGGUAGUUUGGAUUUUGUGUCCGUAUGACGACAUAUAUUCAGCGAGAAGUCUUCAGAUUGAAAACAGCCACACAUACGUGGUCUCUCUUGAUGGCAGGCUCCACAUCUAUAGGUGCUCCACAUCUAUAGGUGCAGAGAGUUGAUGCUCCUGCACCUGAACCCUCUGUCGCACUCACUCCCUCAUUAACACUGUAAGGUGGAGAGUGUGGACAUUUAGUUAGACAUUAUUUAGUUUAAAUGCCAUGAAAACAGAAAAACAGGCAGCUCUGAGUACACCCACUGACACACAGUCAGGUACACACACAUGCACGCACACCAUGAGGCACUCAGGUUCAGCUUUCUGCUUUUACAGGAGGUGUUGUGAGCUCACACAAAGGAACCUCUGUUUGACUAUUACCAGUUUUUUCUUGGGUUGCAUCUCCCCCCUGACUCUCCCCCAACCUCCCCCUUGCACCCCCCGUCCCUCCCCUUUGCCCCCCACUGUUUUUGUUUGCUGCACAGACUGUACACAGAAAUUGGAAGUAAAGGACGCUCGGGGCCUCUGACAGGAGAGGGAGUCCUUUUGUGUCCGAAUCAGGCUGACAAUGUUACAGCUGUUCCAACACACACUGUACACCGCACACACACUUACACACACACUUACACACACACAAGAACAGAUCCCAAACAGCUCAUAAACUUCUGUGUGUGUGUGUGUCAGAGUGUGUGUGUGUGCAUUUUGACUGCCAAGGACCAGCUUCCUUCUUAUCCUCACAUCCAAGUGCGUCACACUCUCACAGCCUGAUGUCAGAAAUAGACCAAACCCCCAACCCUCCCUCUGACACACACACACACACACACACACACACACACACACACACACACACACACACACACACACAAACACACACACACCCCUCCUGGGACCGUUUGUACCCGCUCCGGUGUGCAGUAAUUAAACCGGGACUCUUCAGAGUUUGUUUUUUUUCCUGAAAACGUUUGAUAAGUCGAGUCGUCAGCAGCAGAUGUUGAGUUUCCGCUCAAAAAAAAAAAAAAAGACAACAAAUAAGUGCUGAGUUUCAAAAAUUUGCAGCAAAACUAGUGGAAAAGAGAGAAUAAUAACUUCAAAUAACUUUAGACUGUUUCAAACUUUAAGCUGUUGACGAUAAGAAGUAAAAACUCACGACUGUUGGAUUAUAAGGUUACAGACCUCGCCAAGUUAUCGGGCCAAUAUCCAGCUUUGAUACUAUUUUAUCCUCAAGAUGGCAGAUAGAAUGAUGUUAUUAAAAGUGCGCUUCUUUGGCUCUGCUGAAUACGUUUCCCUCUGUUAACUUCCACCACUGAAGUCCUGCCCAUGACGCCUUUUAAUUGGCUAGUUGCCACAUGACUGUGAAAUAACUGUCCUAUCAGUGUAACUUUUUAACUGUAAACUGUUUCGGCAAAUGUUUUGCUUUUUUAUUAAACAAUCGCUGAAGACGUUCUAAAAAAAGUUUUGCAUUUCAUUUUGUUAUUUUAAAAAAAUUUAAAUUUUGAGCUGAAGUUUAUCAUUUUUACUGUCAGUGCAUAUUAGUUACUGGUCUCAUGAACUGCUAAUAUCAGGUAUUGAUGUCAGUAAAUGUUGUUUUAUUUGACACCUACUUGUUGUGACCUGAUUGGUAAUUUUAAGAAAUUCUUUAUGGUUUAUCCAAAGUUUUAGAUUUUACGUCAUCAGGGAUUUUUGAAUCAGGAGUCAGACGACAGAUGUAUAGCAAAACAUUUGGUGCCUGUGAGUUCAGUUUUUGUUGCUGUGGUAAAAGUGGGAACAGGUGUGGAUAUUGUUUCUUUUGUAACGUGGUUUUUCAAAGUCCAGGUACGGGAGGAAGUCUCACAUUAUUUGACUGAUCCUCAUACAGUCUGAGUUUUAAGGCUCUAAAAUGCCUCCCAGCGUUCAUUUUUUCCCCAAGCUUGGGUUUCUGUGUGAUCUGGUGGAAAUGAAAUACAAAGCUUUGAGGAAACUAUGACGCAGAUAUCCAGGUUUGCUUUAGACAGCCCUGACAUGUUAUACUCUUGUGUUACUCUUAGUCAAACUUUCAGCUGACCGUCACUCAAAACAACAGAUGCUCUGCUCUCAGUUUUUCUCUCUCUUCUUGCCAGCUUUCUUUAAAAACUCAACAACCAUCCUCAGGUUAGAUAAGCCGCUUCCUGUUUCCUGUAGAGUUAAUGUACAUUUAGCAUCAGUGGUGCAUAAGAAUACAGGAGCUUUACAAAUACUGCUUUUUAUUAUCAUGGAAACCUGUUUAUUAAAAGAAGUUUAAAAAUGUCAGAGCUUCAUAGAUGAUGAUGACAGACUCUGACUAAAAACCGACCGAUAAAGCAGAAGCAGAAGACUCUGUGAGCUGCAGGUGUCGACACUGACAGGAAACAUCUUUAUGUGGCGUUGGGGUUAACUGGCACAGGGGGUGCUGCUGGUUGCAGGGACUAAGUUGAGUUUCUGCUUUAAGCUGCGUGUCGUUUUUUUUGUGACACAGAAGUGUGGUGUAUGUGUUUACAUUUAAACAGCUGUUUUCGACUGUAUAUGGUCGGUACACUCAUGCGUCUUCCUUUGAGAGCCUCACAGCUCUGUAUCUGUAUCUACAACAACUGCUGCUAACAUUUUAGCUCAUGUUUGGUUAUUACCCUUCUCCGUACUUUUUACUUUCAUUUAUUUUUGCGUUAAACUUUGUAAAUCCCUCACAUGUGAGUUGUCUCUGUCUGUGAUGUGGAAAAUGUUUUUAAAAAGUCAGUUUUAUCGGUGUACAGUUUAUUAGUUUGUCAGUGUUUUCUGCUGGAUGGUCUUGUUUCCUUUAAGAACGCCCAUAAAAAGGCUUUCCUACUAUUUUAAGUUUGUUUCAUAACCAGUUAGAAAUUCCUCAGAAUAACGUCAAAAUCACAGCGCUCCACAGAAGUUUAUCAGUCAUUUUAUCUUUCUGACGUCACUGAAAUCUUCAGGGGCGCGUUGGGAUCACCAGGAAAGGCAAAUAUAGGUCAAGAUAAUAUUUUUUGAGCAGAACAGAGGAAUUUAGGAGCCUUGGAGGAGUGAUGACCUUCAUAAUCACAUUUCCUGUUGCCUGCAGCCUUUCCUCGCUCUGCAGCGCUGCACGGCGGAUCGGCUGUCCGCUCCGGCUCUGCUACGCUCAGCACUAAACGCAGCACGCUGACUAUUUUUACUCCGCACGCCAUAGGAGGUGAAUGUAGACAUCACUUUCUCACAUGAUACAACCCCCAACCCCCAACCCCACCCCCCACAGAGAGGCACAACAAACUCUGAGUGGCUGCACGAGUGGAAAGGACUGUGAAGAACAAUUAUGUGGCAAGAAAUCGACUUUCCUGACGAAUAAAAAUGAGAUGAUUGAUUUAAAAAGCCUCCAAGAAAUGUUUCUUUAAAAAGAAAAGACAGCGUCUGAUUCUUGUUAGAAAUCUGCCAAUUUUAACCAAACUGCUGAUUUCUCGAACACAUUACUCAUGGCCUUUUUUUGGGAUCUUAAGAACUUAUGGGUACAGAGAUUUUUGAUCAUUCGUCUGUUGAAAAUCACCACUCUACACUGAAAUAAAGAUUGGUUUAAUCUCUCAAAAUAUAGAAGUGGUUGGUUUACUGCCGGUCUGCCACCAAGGUUUCUUAUUUUUGUGUUAUUGUGUGUUUAAAAAUAGAUAUAGACGAAGUAUUAACUGACAGAUUGAGUCAGCGGUAGACUAGCAACUCCAAUAUCCUGCAAGAUAAAAUGACUGUGUAUGUAAAAGAAGUUUGGCAGCUUGAAAGAACUUGGUCUAAAUUGACUAAAAAUGCAAUAACUCUUUAUUUUUAUGAUAGACAGGAUCCCUACAGGGGAAUUAUCAUCAUUAUUAUUAACUAUCCAAACCUGUUAAUGCCUGUUCAAGUAAGUUCCAGUUUUUAGCAGAGAUUCUCGUCUUAGUUUUCUGAUCCAGAUCCAAUCAGGUUCAGGUAUUAUGAAUGGAGCACAAUCUGUGGCUGAAGGUAUAUACGAAAGUAACUCAGCAUUGGCGACAGUGCAGAAAUAUUUUACACUGAGAGUUAAAGCAGCCCAGCAGGAUACAGGUUGCAAAGUGUUUUGUCCUCAUACUUCACCUUGGGAUCGUGUUUGUGCCACCUAAAAUAAAGUCAAGGUUCCCAGCUCUGAAUUAUCCCGUGACCUGAGGACACGAUAACAAAGGGAGCUUUGUGUGUGUGUCAGUCAAUAAGCUCAUGUGUGGACAGCUGAUAUUUGGACGUUCCUCUGAGGAGAACCGGUCCGAGAUGUCUGGAGGUCAGUUUGAUGUGACAGCUGUGGACUUUUCUUCUGAGGCAGUCUGGAGCUAAAGUCAACUUCCUGCUUCUCGUGGUUUGCAUCAUGGAAAAAUCCUCACACAUCACUUUUUAUCCGUAUUUACAAGCUGCCACAUGUUUGCUUUGUGUCGCACACAUGCAAGCCGGAUGGCAGGAUGUGCCUGUGACCCGCUCAAUUUACAUCCAAUCACAAAGUGAAGUGGUUCCUGGUGGCCCGAGUCUUCCACUAACACAAAGAUCCAAAACAGAUGUGGUGGAAAGUUGGAAGUUAACGGGGCAUGGGAGCAAAAUGCCACGGGAAUGUCGCAGAGAGAUUUUUUUCACCAAAAUACGAAAAGACUGAGAGCAUUAUGAGCAGCGAGAGGAGGUUCAGUAUGAAACUUGUACCUUUUUACCUAUGGGACCUGUCACCUGAAGGCAUCGACUGUCAAGGUUUGGCAGGAAUUUCAGAUCAUAGAACUUGAAGAAGUCUUAUAGUUCAGGUGAUUAUCACUUUGUUGUGAAAGUAGUUUUUGCCCUAAACCAAAAGUUAGAAUUCGCUUUAGGUCCUCAACAGUGUGUCAUUGUCACUUUAAUGUAGACCAAAAGUCUUUGAGGUCCAAAUUAACUGAACCAAACUGUAAUAAAUAACACAAAAACUGGUUCAGGAACCAAAACCACACAUAUACCCUCUACAUUUUUUGCUGUAUUGCACUAACAUUGUUAUCAACUUUCCUGGUCGAGCAACACACCUUGGGGCUAGGAGGCUCUAAUACGCCAUUAGGAGCUGCACAGUGCUUACUGUGGAACUGCUGGGGCAGAUGUGUGUGAUACUUAAGCAGAGGGACAGAGUGAGCAGAGAAGAGAGAGGCUGACAAAGAAGUGACUGGUGUAGGUCCGUAUCAUCGAGAUAAACCUACAUUUUCAUAUAAUGAAAGAUAAAGGCUUGAAAAGGCUGGGUGCUGGGUUGGAUCUGCAGCCUGCUGUAAUGGACCAGUUAAUGCGGUCGCUGCUUAGGUUGCCUGUCGGACUUUUAAACAUACAGAAAAUGGAAAAGUGUGUCUGGACUGGAUGUUGUGGUUAACCUCUGGCUGCAUCAGAAAGCCAUUGUUCCCAGAAGGUGUAUCAUGUUAGACAUGAGCGAAUUGAUCCAGAGAUACUUGGAAAGAGUUUUAUUAAAUUUCCUGAAGGUUUUAUUCCAUUGUAGUCAUUAUGGCAAAAAGCCUGCUCUUCAGAUUCAUCAGUUUAACAUCUAUACAGUAGAUAAUGAUGGAACAUAUAAUGGGUAUAAGGACGAUUGCCUUCCAUCCCAAACUAAAAGUUAUCAAUGUUCCCAAACUCAGCCCCCCCGCUGGGCUCCAUUCACAGAUUCUGUUACCUCUUACAUCAACAAAGAUCCUCUCUGUGCGCAGAAGCCUCUCUCGUCACCUCUUUCACGCUCUCGCUGGAGUAUAACAGUAAUUCGACACAAUUUCCAAAACAAGAAUGUGUGCGGUGUGAGUCGGGACCUUUCUGCCUCCGUCAACAGGCCUCAGCGGGCAGCCCAGGAUCAGACUCUGGGAGAGUUUCAGCGCUCUGAAAGAAUAAUGAAACCAGUGCUGGGAGGUUUUUCUGAACAAUGGGGAGAUGUCUGAGACAGUGGACACCUGAUCAGGACAGAGCCACACAGGCAGGGUGAGGGGGCCGGGGGGGCUGCCUGACUGUAUUAGGUAUCUGUGAAUCCAUCUGCACCGAGCCGGCUCAAAAGAUGCUUACCACAGCAGAGGAAAAUAAUACCUAUACAUCAGACACAGUGUACUAAUGGACAGCCAUAUGGAGGUAUUAAUAACAAAUGCAAACAUGACAUGCUCACAGCUGAUAGAGGACGCAGCUCUUAAAUAAUCACUGUGUAGUCCUAUGGUGGAGACAAGGGCCAAUAGUGUGUUUGCUUUUGAAAGUUAAAUCUAUUAGUUACGUCAUUUUUGACUAACUAAUGCCCUUAAUGUUGUAUUUUCUUUCGGGGAUCAGUAGGUUCUUUUUAUCUUAAUGUAGAAUAUUGAGCUCUACUGGACCCAAGCUUACAAUCCUAAGGUUGAAAACUUCAUCUCUCUCUCUAAAGACACCAAACUUCCUGUCUUUAUUCAACACGAUGGCUGUGUCCGAAAUGAAUCAUUCAGUCCUUAACCCCUAACCCUCAUAUGGGGUUUCACUAUAUAGUUGACUAUGUAGUGAACUCAAUCACUAGAGGUUUUGGACACUACAUGGCGAGACACAAUGCAUGAUGGGAUGCCCACCACCGGUGAGUGACCAUUGGAUGGUCACUACAUUUUGAAAUGCUUUAUGGAAAAUUUUGAGUCGCCUAUAUGGGGCACAGGAAUUGAUCACUGAGGUUUCGGACACAACUCAAAAUGGCGCUAACCCCCAUGUAGUCACCUAUAUAGGGGUUAGGGAUCCAUUUCAGACACAGCCUUUGACUCCAAAAUCUGUAAAACAAAAAAGGGGUCAAGGUUUAAAACUACCAUAAUGAAGAUUCACAACAAUGCACAUGACACAGGAGGGUGGGAGCUGGUAGAGUUAGGGAUGUGUGCUUGUAGCUAACGAAAUCAUUCAUAAUAACUUCAUCAUCCUCUCUAGUCUGGCCCAGAACUGAUUGUCAGUAAGAUUAAAUGGUUAUAUAACUCAAUUAUGAAUAAUAUAUUAAAUACAUGUAUCAUAUAUUAUAUAGUCUAUUAAUUUUAGAGUAUUGUAUUAUUUAUAUGGUCUGUAAACAAGCACAGAUGUCAGACAUCUUCUUGUAGCGUGGUGUGGUCCAUUAGUAAUGAAGUUGCACAUAGGCUGUGUCUGAAUAAAUUCAGCUCAGGUGUUAAUAUUUUGUUCAAAUUUGUUGCAUCAGAACUCCUGCUUUAUGUUGAGAUAUGACAGAAAUGAGAGAUUUAUGCCAGGUUAAAUCAGAGUUGCUUUAAUGUAAAUCAGUUGAAAGUUUCACUGUAAAUAAUCUUUGUGUGAUAACAGGCUUUGCUCAUUGUAUCAAAGGAAAGCAUCUAGUUUAUCCUGAUCCACUGUCAGCCAUCCUCUCUGAUAUUAACCUUUGACAGAAAUAAAGUGUGCUAAGUUUUGACUGUUUCCUUUGUUAGCCAGAAUAGUACAGAAGGUUGCGACAUUUUGCACUAUGAUGCUAUCUGUGGUACAGUAAGAUGUGACAGAUAAAUAUGAUCAGAUAUGUUGCAACAGGAUAUGAUUCUGUACUUUGAAAUAUGGUACAAUAGGGUAGGACAGAUUAGUUCCCACAAAAUAAGAUGCAGUGCAAUAGAAGAGGAUAAAAGAUGAUAUCGUAUGAUACAGCAAGUGAUGUUGCAAUGUGAUCUCUCUAAUUGAUGUACUUUAUUUGACUGUGAAAAGCUCUUUUAAACAAAGUUAAAUUAUUACUUUUACCAAAAGUUCUUGACGGACACUAAACUGCCUCCAAAAGUGGUAUCAGGUACCUCAGCUUAUCCAACAUUUAUUAGCUCAGUGACCCUCCAAACUACUUUGUAAAUCAGAGCCUUCAAAAGAAAAACAAAUGCUACUUUAAAGUGACUUUCCUGCUUCUUCCUAAAAAGCCCUCCCGUGUUACGACAUCGACUCUCCGGAUGUGUCACGGAAACAUUGAAAGUCGGGGUUUGAUGCACUUAAGUAACAGAUUACUGAUAGUUGUGAUGGAAAAUGAGCAAUUGAGUGAUUUUUCGUCGUUAGGAAACGAAGGAGGAGUAUCUCAGCUCAUCUCAUCAUCUCAGACUGGUGUCACCGUCUGUGUGUGGAUUUUUAAUUUGAAAGAGCUCCACUCUUACGCAACCCGUCACAAUCCCCUCUCCAGUCGGACUAAGUGCCUGUACUGAUGUCUGAUUUUCCAUGAUGGAGUGUGUGGAGUUCAGAGGGGAAACUGGCAGCCUGACGACCACAAACAGCAGCUUUAUUGUUUAAUGAUUAGAGCUCUCUUUAUGAUUUAUAGUGUUUCAUUAUUCUUUGGGGUGUUGUCAGAAGAACAAGUGUUUUCUGGAAAUGAAGCGCUGUUUUGAAGGGAUUUCCUCCUCUUGAGUUUCUAAGAGCGUCUCCUAACUUUCAGAAGGGACUCCUCUCUGUAAGCUUUCGUGAAAUGGUUUCUUCCUUGUCACAUUUUGGUAACGAUGCCCUGCAUGGAGAGUCAUGGUACAGUUUGCAGUGGCGUGCUAAGCUCUCGAUGCUUUGUCAUUGUUGAGCAAAGCCGGCCUUUGUGCUGCUUCAGCCAUGUAGAUAAUGUUCACUAACUCACGCUGUGUCCUCUGUGCGGUUCUCUGCGGUUCAUUCAACAGUGAGAACAGAUAUACCUCUUGAGUGGGAGUUUGUAUAUCUGCUUCAUACAUGCAAGAGGGUUCGAGCCGUUAAAUGUGAGGCUGUCAGAGCAGGUCAUCUCUUUUAAUAAACAAGAAGCUCCAAAUCGAACAGAUUUCAGACGUUCAGGACUGUUUCCUCCCGAACGAUGUUACUGAAGCAGAAACAGAGGGACGCUUUCCAAGUUUUUGUGUCGCAUUGUAAACAGUGGGACUUUUUUCCUGUUUCCUUUGUUCUGAUAGUUUCCCAACUGGUCCUGACGAUUAUGGAAACACCUUUUUAUGUCAGUGGUUCACCUGAGAAAGAAUUUGUCAAAGCAGCAAACCCUCAGACAUCUCAUUACUCUGAGUUUUUGAACACAUUGCUGGAUCUCUCUAAAAUCACGUAGAGACCCAGUUGGCAUCACCCCUGACCCCCUUCUACCGAUCAACCAAACAGAUGUUCCCCUGCUGACUGAGUCCCUAAUGCCUUAUCGUCAGCGGACCUUUAUAUCAGAGUUACGUAAGGACCGCAGCAGCUUGACCUCACUUUGCUUUCAGCUGAGGAUGUGAUGUCCCACUGCACAGCUGUGCCUGUCACUUCUGUCACAAACACAUUCAAUUACCUUGAACUGUUACCUAAACAUUUUCCUGUAAAUAAAUAAAUAAGUACAAACCCAAUACCAAAAAGUUAGGAUGUUAAAUUUUGAUAAAAAACAGAAUUUGAUGAUUUGCAACAAAUGAAAAACCUAUUUUGCAAAGUUAAUAUCACAAAUGCUCAUGGGUCAAUGAUGUGACGCCUAAAUAUUCUGUCCGGCUGUAUUUUUUUUUAAGUUAAAAAAGGUUUGAAUGCACAAAAAUAUACUUUCUACAUGUAGUGUCUCUCUCAUAUAUGUAGUCACUUCAACUUUUCAAAAAUCAGGUCGUAUUUGUAAUUUUUUUGAACUUCAAAGGGUCAAAAUAUCAUGUGGUGUGACCAAUUUUUGAGGUCAAAUUUUUUAGAUAAAUGAUGGUCGCACCACAUAACAUUUUUUAAGGCCACUAGCAAUUCAUCUAUUUGAAAUUAAACACUAAAAUUGUGUAAUUUAAAAAAUUAAAAUUAUUUUUUGUAUACACAACAUCCUUAGUGUUUGAACUUUUGCAAAAUAUAUUCUUAUUUUUGCUAUUUUAAAAUUGGCAUGUUUAAAAACCUUAUACGCCAUUGAACCUCAUACUAAAAAAAAAGAUGUUUUAUUAAAAUUCAGAUUUAUUAUGAAUUAGAGUAAAACAUAAUAAUGAAACAGUGUCCAUGAUUUCCAAAAAGAAAGUCGAAUUGUUUUGGAUCCCACCAUAGGAUAGUUUUCCACUACCAGGUGAAAUGCCAUGUUGAAAAAUAAUCAUUUCCACAUUGGAAAAAAACUCCAUGAAUAAGAACAUCAGCGUUUAGUAUCAAAGUAAAUCAAAUGGGUUGAAAGUCUUUGCUGCUGUGAGACAGUCCUCUUCCUCCUCCACCCAAAGAAGGCGUAGUAAUCACAAAAUUUUGCAUAAAGUUUGAAUGCUGUGGAAAAUGUUAAAAUUUCUAUUGACAUCAGCAUGAUAUAAGCUGAUUAGUCAGCUACAGGACAUGACAUGGUGUUACAAUAUGAUGUCUUCAAGGCUGGGUCAGUAAAAUGAUUAAUAGGUCAAGGAAGGUCAAAGGUCAUAUAUAAAAGCGUCAGCAGUUUUGUUAUGAGCCUAUUUUUGUCUCAUCUGUCCAACUGUUGUGUUACCCAGACAAAAACUCUCAAAUAAAAGGACCCAAAGACAUUCAGGUCUUGCUUUGUGUGCUUAGCUUAAGAUGCAGAGCUCCAGUGAUUCAUGCCUGUGUUGACACAUCCUAUUAAAACAAACGUUUUUAUUGAGCCAAAGCUUUGCAGACAAUAAAUGAGCUCGAUCCAAUAUUCACCCUCUUCCUCCUUCAUCACAUCUGUAUCUACUGUGGUCCAUUAACUGAGUCAUCACCACCCAGAGCGGCAUGAUAUCACUACUCUGCUCCUACUGGGUCAGUGCUUCCCAGUCUGCAGACUCCUGUGGGGGUUUCUUUUUAAGAACAAUGAGUAAAAUAAAGAAUAACUUACAUUAAAGGAUGGCAGUGUGACUCAGAGGCUUACAGUAAGAGAACACAGUCUGAGUCAUGGCCUAUCAGCUGUUCAGAGAGGAGUCCUACUUUUAAUUUCCGGCUGUGUGUCUUGUGUUUGUUUAGCUGGUUAUCUCUUGGAGUGACUCCAACAAGGCUCCUGCCAAAAACAUUAAGUCCACCCUCACUGAGUGCUUUGUUCUGUUUCUGAUAUUUUGAUGUAUCCAACAGACUGUUUGUUAUUUAACAAACUAGUCAUGUGUACCCAUGGGCUUGGCAGUAUUUUACAUCCUCCUAUUGUCUCGUUGUCCCUUCAAAGAGAGGGUGGGAUGGUAGCUUAUGUGGGUACAAAAUGUUCUCAGAUAAUCAUCAAGACAGAGUAAAACUUUCAAUCACUGUCUCCAAAUCCACUGGGCUCUUCCCAAAAAUAGUUAUGAUUUUUGCUAUAAAAAAAUCCCAAAUAAAACAACAAUACAUUAUUUCAGCUACAACAACAACAAUAUGUAUAUAUAAAUGUUAAAACAGUAGUUAUAUGACAUAGUUGAAAAGAGACCAAGCAGGAAUCUAUAAGACUGCCAGUCCCACGAAUGGCCACUUGAGGCUCUACAGAAGUCUGUUCAAUCUUGACAGAAUCUGGAAUUAAAAAUACAGAAAUCAAGCAGCAAUUUUUCUUGGCCAAGAAAUUGAGUAUAGAGUUAGUUCAAGCAGGUCACAAAGUCAAACCCAGCCCACAACAGCUGAUCUUAAUGCCAGUCCAUAUCAACAGACACCUCUUUUUUAUGGGUUUUCCUCAUAUGCUUGUGGAAGGGUUGCAGAACAGAGCCAUACCACCAAAUAAUUAAUUCCCCUUGGUAAAAAGGUCCCAGCUGACAUAAUGUGCAAACGUAAGUCCCAAAUACUGCAGCUCCUCUUGUGUCCACCAUAGAAGUUUGGGUCUAUAGAUCAUUUCUCUAUUCAUGCCCACUGAAUUAACUAAGAUCACCUAUGAGAUAAAGUAUCAAGUUCACCUGUUAGGAUUAUAUUGAGUAUCAAACACACCUGUUUACAUUAUCUCAAGUAUCAAACUCACCUGUUUACAUUAUCUCAAGUAUCAAACUCACCUGUUUACAUUAUCUCAAGUAUCAAACUCAUCUGUUUACUUAAGAUUAAGUAUCAAACACACCUGUUUAAGUUAUCUUAAGUAUCAAACACACCUGUUUACAUUAGAUAAAGUAUCAGAUUCCCCUGUUUACAUUAGAUUAAGUAUCAAAGUCACCUGUUUGCAUAAGAUUAAUUAUCAAAUUCAGAAUUAAAGUUAUACCAAUUUUGGUCGUCAUGGACUGUUAUACACAGCACAACCAUUUCCUGUUGGGGAAUGAUUAGAGCCCACGCCCCUCGGUGACCUGCUGUGAUGUGGGUCAUAUACUUAUCUCCUUCGUGUAAACAGUUGGGACAUGGACCAAGCUUUGAAAUCCAAGUCCAGCUCAGAUAAUGGUUUAUAAAACGUGUUUUUUGUCAUUAUAGUUAGUUCUCGUUACACUGAUUUAUAUCCAAGAGUUGAUUUUUUUCAAAAAGUUUAGUUUGUAUUAGUGAUUUGAUGCUACAAAAAGAGGUGUAACACCAUGACUGACAGGUCUGUUGACAAAUGAGGCUCCUGCAGCACUGUGUGCACUGAAUUCUGCCAGCACCAUCACAGCAUUAUUUUGGCUUCACUUGUCUUACAAUGAAAGGACAUUGUGGUGUGUCAUCUAUAUUUAUAUACACUCAGCAGUGUGGCCUACUUGGCCAGCCAGCUAUAUUCCUGGAGAGCAGACUGUGACAGUUUGAUAACUUAUCCAUGCCAAGUCCUUGUUGCUCUUCAGUUUUAACUUCUCACACAAAUAAAACCAAAAAAAUCCAGACAUUGACGUUUAAAGCUCUGAACAGAGGCCCUCAAACCUCAGAGUGACGUCACAGUGAGCCUCAUGCGCCAGAGUUUUUUUUUACUGUUAACAAGCAAAAGUUUCCCUCACUGUACUGACACAGAAACCCUCUGUUUCUGCUAAAUUAAAAGAAGUAGAGACGGCUCUGUGGCAGGAAAAGCUCCAAACUGAGUGUUCAGGAAAUACAACACCUAACAUUUUAAAUUGGGAUUCAGGGUAGCAGGUAGUGUGGAGCCAUAAGCACAGUAUGUGCUGAAAUCCUGUUAAAUCCUGACUUGAUCUCAUUAUUUCCCAUGAGGAAGCCAAAGUGUCUCACUGUGAGGGCAGAAACUUGUGUUGGUCGUUACAGCUGACAGCAGCAUUACACCGUCUUACAGACAGGCAGAUAUUUUUCUCCUUUUUGGACGUAUUUUUAGUUAUUUUUGAGUCACAGUCACCCCUCUCACAUCCCCGUCGUCUUACAUACAAAUUAAUGCAUGCUAGUCUCGGAGAAGAGAUGUUUACUUAGUUUUAAAUCCAUCCUCUGAUUAGCGUCUCCUCUAAAGUCUAGAGCUGAAGCAGCAGACGAAGGACUCUAAAAUGUUUAACCUUUUUUUUGUUCAAAGAACAUCUGUUUUCAGUUGUAUCCUUUUUUAUCCAGUAAUGGCUGUAGUAACAGAGCGCUGCAGGAACAUUUCCUCAAAGCUGUUUGUGUGUGCAACAUUUCAAUUUUCUGAUAAUCUAGCUCUCUCCUGGACAAAAGGUUCCCAGACAUCCUGAUUUUCCUCUGUGUUUCUGAGGCAUCUUGCGCAGCCCUCCAGCAGCUUUGAACUGAUCCCUGCGGCGAUGCUGAGUCAUUGUGGGGACACAUGCAGGCUGAUGGUGGUGACAGAUGGAUCAGGUGAAGUGAAGCUGAGUGAUGUCCUUCCUCCCCCUCCUCCUCCUCCUCCUCCACCUCCUCUCUCCUGCAGCUCGCCUGUGUUCAUGUCAGAGAGCGGGCAGUCCUGGAUUAUUUAUCACACCAAUCAACCCACCCAGCAGAGCGACACAGAGCGUCGUCUUUCACGUUUACUUUCUUAAUCUCAACAUAAAUCAUUCAGUACAUGUAUACGCAGCCAUGUCGGUUUGAUACAGUAGGUUAUCAGGAAAUAUUUGCACCAAGAGUUCAGACUAUUUUAGGAUUACAGUGCAAUAGAGUGACUAAGUACAUGAAAACAUUGAGGUCAUUUAUCAUGUAAAUUUGGCAGAUCUGUUCCUGUUGGUCGUUUUUUUCAGUUUUUGUUGAGUGCUACAUCCUGGUUAGUCCGAUCUUGUAACCAGCGUGUUUCCUAAAGCCAUUUUUUCAUAUGUAUUCAUGCACUCCUGACAGUUUCCCAAAAAUUGCGAACUUUCAUCCUGUUAUCCGGACUUUUCCCUUUCAGCCUUCAAAAUGUCUGCAAGAAGUCAGAGAGGGUAGACGCAAAAACACAGCAGGAAAAAUCACUGCUAUCUACUGAUGGAGUGAUGUUUGUCAUGCAGUUGAAGUGAAACUGACUGGAGUGUUGGACAAAAUUAAACUAACAUUGUCAGGAACAGACUGGUCUGAACAUUUUCAGAAUUUGUCAGGCGUACGUUUUAAAGAGCUUCAAAAUAACUUCAUUUACAACUUGAAGAGACGAGAUAACUCGAAACCAAUUUUUUCCCCUCUUGAGACCAACUUUAAAACCAAGACUUGGGUUUUUCUUGAUAGUUGCUGCUCAUAUAAAACUUCUGCAAUGUGAAGAGUAGAAGUAAUAGUGGCUGAAAAACUCUGUUACUGACAUUAAACUCUUAUAAAACCAAACUUUUGUUGGUUUCAGUCGACAAAUGAUCGACUCGACCUUUGCUACAGCUUUAGUUUUGACGCCUUACUUAUGAUGGAAAUUAAUCCUCAAAGUUUUGCGGUCUGUGAAUUCUGGUUUUGGGUAAUCCUAAAAAGCUUCACAGUCCUCAUUGCUCUUUAGAAAGAUUCAGUUUUUCUCUUUUUCUGCAGAAAAAGAUGAUAUUUUUUGUCCAAACCAUCCUCCUCUCCCGGCUGGAAAUCUGCCACUGAGCUGAAAAUGUCAGGAAGGAGUGUUUCUCUGAGUCAUGACUUGGAUGAAGAUUUUUAUCUCCUUCUUCCUCAUUAAAAAUUUCACUCUGAGCUUAACCAACGCCAACAUUUGAAAAUGAUCGACUUUAACAGUUUUACAAACUAUCUGCUUCCCCUCUACCAUCCGAUAUCUUUAUUUUUAUCAUCAAUUGCUCGUUAUUAUUACCCUGCAAAAGAGAAAAUACACCCUGAGUCUGUGAUAUGAUUCACCGGAGAAACUCUGCUCACUUCUGCUCCUCUUCUCUGCACCAGUGAAAAGUGAUAAUUUUGCACGAUUAGUCAGUGAUUUUUAUCUCCGAUGGAUGUGCACAUUACUGUCCUCAUCAUUGUAGCCUGAGGCGUCGUGCACACAUCACUGCUGAUCAAUGAGCAGCAGGUCAGGACCGUAACAGUGCACUUCCUCUGUCUGCUGUGAGAGGAUCCAUAAAGCUGAAGGUCAUCCAUACUCGCAGGAAACUCUCUGAAUAUGAGUGCUGAUGAUUCAAAAAGACACAUUUAUGAACCGAGUCCAGAUUAAGCUGGGGAAAGAUUACAACUGCAUCCCGCCUUUAACCUGAUACGCCAGCUGUAUUCAAAACCUCGCAGGUAUGGGGUCUUUGGGUGCUCCUCUCAGUUGGCAGUGGAAAUAUUUUGAACAUUAUCAGCAUGCUGUAGCCUCCAGAGUUAGCAGCUGAACCUCUGCAUAAAUCAAUCUUACAUCAGAGGCUUUUUGUUAACAGCAGAGAGGAGGUGCAGUCCAGUAGCUCUCUGAUGUUAACACUAGUUUUGGCACAGAUUUCCCUGUGACCCCCAGCAUUGAAAACCUCUUUUAGUUCCACUUUUGCAGGCAGUUCUGUGAGUUUCCAUUGUGCAAAGUUUGAACAAAAUGUACAACUUAAACAGGCGGACAAAAAGGAAGUUACAUUGAAGGCAUUCAUGCUCCCACAAGACUGGAGUCUGUUUUAGUGAUUACACAACCAGAGCUCUGCAUCAAAAAUACAGAAGUUUAGGAAACUUCAUGUUUCUGUGAAUAUUCUCUGUGAUGAACCGUGUUCACAGAGAAAGGUUUUUGGGAUUUGGAGCUCAUGCAGUGAUUUUCACUACAGAGUCUUGUCUGUUUUCAGUGCAGUGCUUACUGAGGGUCUGAACAUCAGAACCAUCCAGUCUUGGUUUUGGUCCUUGUCCCUUUAGUACAGAGAUUUCUCCAGAUUCUCAGAAUCUUCUGUAGAUGAUGAAAUCCACUCAUUCUUUGACACUUGACACUCAGGAACAUUUUUCUGAAACUGAAACUUGAUCAGCUCACACAGUCUCUCACAGAGUGGUGAACCUCUUCCCAUUUUUCCUUCUGAGAGAAUCAGCCUCUCUGAAUGUCCUUUUUAACCUCAGUCAUCUUACUAACCUGUUGGACAUUAACUUCAUUAGUUGUAGAUGUUCCUCCCACUGUUUAUUUUUAGAAUUAAACAACUUUUGACCUCUUUGGUUGUUCCUCUUAAACAACUCUUCACAGACCUGUUGCUGGCAUGAUAAAUGGUGUCAAAGACAGUGUGUUUAAAUGGAUACUGAAGUAGAUGUUUUUCCUCUAAAUUAUUGGAACUGGUCAUUGAAAAAUCUCUCAUAAGGAAGAAGGAAAUAUGUAUCCAUGUCAUGAUUCUUGUAAAUGUCUCUCUGACGUUAUCAGCUCAAAGUUAAUAGAAGAAUAUAUUUAGAGAAAGGAUCGAUUUAGAGGAGAUGACUGACUUGGCUGACCUGACCUCCUGAGUGGAAUAAAAAGCUUUUUUAUAUGUUCUGAUGAUUUCUCAGCCCCGCUCUCUGCUGUUUGGACUUACAGCGUGAAAAGCAGUUCUGAUGCUAGCACAAAAUCUAGGGUGUCAAGCUCCCUGUUCACAAAGAAAAACAAAUGUCCCAUAUAAAACCCUGGUGGCCCUGUUAAAAGGAUCUGAGGGUGCUCUUUGUCCUCAGAGGAUGAACCAUGUGUGCUCCUGCUUAUCUGCUGGUUACAGUCCUAUAAACUGAUCCUGUCCAGACGAUGGUAAUGUCUCUUUUUGUUGAGGUGUUGUCAGGGACUGUUGGUUGGUGUGCAGACCUGUGUCCUGUGUCCGUCCAUCCGUCCGGAGGUCAUUACCAGAGCUAUAAAUGCAGACGGGACAAUGAGCUGUGUUUCCUAAAGAGUCCAACAGGGACGGCAACAACGUCACCAACAUUGUGUGCGCACAGGAGGAGGCUUCCUGUGUGCGGCGGCGCCGCUGACACGCUCUGACUGUGUGUGCGGCUGAAUUAAAAGGAAAAGAGGCAUUUACAUCUCAGUGUCCCCGCAUGUGGUCGUAUUGUGGUCGUAAUGAGAGAGGCCUGCAGGUCACACGUGAAUACGUGCGCAGUCAGAUCUGUUCUGUGUUUUUAUAUUUUCCCCUUUUGAAUAAAGAAACACUUUUAAUGUGAUGCCAAACUCUGAGCCCUUUAGCUGUGAAAGUGUUACACUGAACCAGCUUCAAACUUUGAAUGACUCAAAGUUUCAAUGUUUGAAAAAAAUCCAAAUUUUUUUUAGUAAAACCCCAAACUUUCACAGUUUGAACAUUUGUUACUUUAAAGAAAUUUUGUUGUGGAGCUGAAUAGAUUCAAAAAAAUUGGGAUUUUUAAAAAAAAUUUAACAGAUUUUUAGUUUAAAAUCCUUUUAAUUUGAAAAUACAGCAAAGUAGGCAGACAGACAAAAGUAACACUCACCACAAAAAAAAGAAAAAAGAAAAUAUGAGUAAAUGUGAGAAACAAAAUUUUCAGUUUUUACACACUCGGUUUACACAAUGCUUGUAAAUUUUGCAUAGUGUUAGUUUUUGGACAUUUGUGUUGUAGUAGUCAGUAGAUUAGUAGUUUUUUCAAUAUGUUUUUUGGAAAAUGUUGCAUUUGUACAUAAUUUUUGCAGUGUUUUUUUUCAUUCUGUUCAUUUUUGCGAAAUAUUUUUCAACCUUUUUACUUCAAACAUUUUGCAUUUUUUUAACAUCAUAUUUUGAACACUUAUUUUUGAAUAUUUCUACUUUUUUGCACAUUUUACUUUUUUACUAAAUUUUGUUUUAGCACAUUGUGUAUAUUGUGCACACUUUUAAUUCAUCAAUAAUUUAAAUAAGAUGAUGAAAAAUAAUAUCCUCUGAGGUUUGUUAACUUGGGGUGCUUAAAUCGAGGAAAAAAUGCCAUAUUGGCUCAAAUGUCUCCAUGUCUCAGUCUUAUUCACACCAACAUUGUUGUGUUUUCUCUGAUUUUCAGGAGCCGUUUGAGGAUGGCUUUGCAAACGGUGACGAGCUGACGCCGGCUGAAGAGGCUGCAGCUAAAGAGGCAGCUGAAUCCAAAGGCGUGGUCAAGUUUGGAUGGAUCAAAGGAGUGCUGGUGAGUAAAUAACAUACAUCUUAAUGACAGCAAAGUUAUUUCUGUGUGAGAAAAAGAGAGAUCGUUGGAUGCAUUACAGUGAAAUCAGAUCAUGGGUUUCUUAGAAACGGUAGAAACCAAAAGCACUGCAACCACAAUGACAGCCAGAGUGACACAAACAUCAAAAUCUUGAAUGAUUUUUAACUCUACACUGACAGAAGUGACUGAAACAUGUUGUAUUUUCAUGAUUUAGCUCUGACCAAAAAGACUUUUUAUAAUCCCUCCUCACUGUUUCAGGACUGGCCUGCCUGCUGGACUUUGUCUGCAGCAUUUCAUCUUUUAGAUUUCUCUGAGAGUGAUGCUGAUUUUAUUUACAGAUGAAAAAUAGACAAAAGUCGGUGUAAGAAAGUUUCAGAGUGACAAAACUUCAUAGGGAGAAGCAGCUUCAUCGUUUAUUUAGUGGCUCUUUAGACACUGAGCUGAACUAUUUGAGUGUUUUUUUUUAAAUAAAGUAACUUUAUUUAACUCCAGAGAAGACAUUCAGAGUAAAGUAUGAUAUGGUAAACUGCAGAGUUUGACAGCUAUUCUUUAUGUUUUGAUCAUCUGGCUCAUGUUCGGCUCUCCAGGUCAGAGUGGAGUCCAGGUGAGAAGUGUGCCUCUCAAUAAUCUCACCUGUUAGUGUGAGCAGAUCACACUGUGUUCAGGAUUCUAGAGUCCGAGUGUGAAGUACACCAGGAUCAGUUAGAGACUGCUGGUGAAAACCACAGAAGACGAAAUCGCCGCUGCGCGCUGAAGUGUGUUAGGAACGUUUUAUAAGAUGUAAAAUCUGCAGGAGACACAUCCUCUAUUUUAAGUUGUGUCUGGAUUUUAUCACAAGGCUUUUAUUUUGACAGGAGAUGUUCUUACUUCCUCUUCAGUAUAAACAUCACAGCUAUUCUUUUGUGCUUUCGUGUCAAAGUUUUAUAGUCAUCCUGACGCUUGAUCCUCAGGUAAUCUGAGCAGAAAGAGCGAGGACUCUGAUCUUUAACUCUUUUUCAGAACGAGGACUGAAAACAUUCAAGUUUGAAUGAGUUUAUGUUUUUUCUUGAAGCAAAGAAAAUAAAUGUCUUAGAAAAAACACAAACAGUUUAUUAAAUUUCUAAGUUUUGGCCCACUUGUCAUUGUAAGGUUAUAGUUUUUAUAAAAACAGGGCUCGGCUCCAAAGGGAGGAAGAUACAACAGCAGAACAGGAUUAGGUGUAUGUAGCUGCUCAGUCUACUGCUCAGUGUUUGCAGGUGAAACAAGGCGACUAAAGCCAUAUCUGGAGAUAGCUUAAGAAAGCUAUUAUUUAUCUUCAAUCUGUAAAAAUUCAACAAAGCCUCUAACACAGAAUUGGCUUAAAAUUGUAACAAAAAUUCAAAAAUAAAGAUAUUUUUAUGUUUAUUCUGUCUUACAAAGGAAGUCAUUCCAGCUGUUGAUUUAUUUAAUCAUAGGAAAAAGUUGUUGUUUCUUUCAUGUAACUGUUGUUACUUUCUAAAUCUAGUCAUUUAGAUUUUUUCCUCAUUUUUUAUUUUUAUUUUAAUAUUGCAAUAUUAUCAAUCCGUCCUCUCUGCAGGUUCGCUGCAUGCUGAACAUCUGGGGUGUGAUGCUCUUCAUCCGUAUGUCCUGGAUCGUGGGUCAGGCUGGAAUCGGUAAGCAGAGCUGAUGAUGUUGAAAACCUGUUCAGAAUCGUUUAUUUACUCACCUCUGUAUGAAAGAGGAAACAGUGAGUUUGUGAGACGUUGUGUUUGUGGGUGAAGUGGCUAAACAGGAAAAAGAAGAUGGUGAAACUCUUCAUGUUGCUUUUAUCUAAUGUGGUGUAACUGAGUUUUCUGCAAAGUCACGUCACAAUGAGGAAGAAACAGAGUAAACAACAAUGACAGGUCCAGUCUGACAUGAUUAAAACUCGCCUGUAACACAGACAGGUAUACCACAACAGUUAGUGGAAAAACUCUACACCUUAUAUUUGACGUGUUUCACAGCUUUAAGGUCUUAAAGACGACUAACAUGCUUUUACAUGCCUAUGCAUGGAUAAUUUAGUCAUUCCUCAGCCAAGCAAGCCUGAGAAAAACAGUGAAGUAAGCCCCUGUGCUGUUUCUGCUGCAGUACAGAGAUUUAUAUAAACUCCUGCUGUGAUAUAACAACAGGAGAGAUUUUCAUAUUCAUGCAUGCAAAACCACUGGCCCUCAUGUAGCUCUGCUUCCUUUCUGCAUUUGGCACUUGCCCAUUGUUGACCUCAGACCCUUAUUCCAGACACACCAACCGCUCUGUUGAUGGACGUUAAACCACCACACUAUGUACUUGUCAAGCUCACUUUGGUGUUUUUCCACCUCUGCAUCUGUUUGCAUCAGUCUGGACUCUCCCUUCCCAGUCCACGUCAUGGCAGCCAAUCAGCACAGUGGUGGCAGCCCCGCCCACUCAGAUCACUGCAAGGAUCAGAAACUGAGAGGCUGCAGACCCUCCACAGAGGCUGAUUUUGUGACUGUUUUGCAGCUUUAUGUAACAGCCAUAACACCCUGGUUACUUGCCACAGGAGAAAGAAAUCCACCUGAUGGAUUCCAAAAGGUUUGGCACCUGUUCAUUAGAGCCCAAAAUACGUCAAACCACUUAGGUGUUUCUUAUUUCUUUCAUCACCUCAAACAGAAGUUUGAUGAAAGAAGAAUCAAGUGGCUCCUGAGUCUAUUUGAUUCACACUGGUGUUGAACUUUGAUGUGACAGAGUCGGCACAGAUCUGAGAAAGUCUCACUCUGCAGAGAAGUCAGGGAGCUGAGCGGCACACGGCCCGUAUUUAUUGACAUUUGGGUCUCUCUGUGUGGUCGGCUCGGACUCUGUGUUCAUCCGUCUGUGUCAGUUAUUUUCUCACUCCCCACUGUCCCUGACCCCGCCCCCCCCUCGCUUGUGUUGAUAAUUGUGCACUUUGAUGUGAAAUAUCAGCCCGCAGUUACGCUCUGAUGCUAUUUUUCUCAGAGCGAUUUGAGGACCUGUUAGAAAACUGUUAACAGAGUUUCACAUUCUCCUCGCUCUGAAAGGUUAAACUGUGUUCUUUCUCCACAGCUCUCUCCUGUUUGAUCGUCGCCAUGGCUACUGUAGUGACAACAAUCACCGGCCUCUCCACAUCCGCCAUCGCCACCAACGGAUUCGUACGAGGAGGUACACGUCACGUUUCCCCCCUUUAAACCCUCCUGUAGAGCAGCAGAAGGGUUUCUCCUCUUCCCGCUGCUCGGUGUGAAACGAGGCGAUCCACAAAUGUGUGUUUUGAACAGCAAAUGCAGCUGUCACACUCACAUCAGUGCGUAGUAAGACGUUUGUAGUGUUACUUGGAGUCAGAUGAAAGAGGGGUUAAACACACAGCAUCCCAGCAAGAGCAGAAACUCAAUCAGAUUACGGCGUGGAGGCAGAGUGGGUGGUCUGACACGGGAAUUAACACAUUCCUCCGUCACAUUCCUCAGCAGAUCAGGCUGCUAAUUAGGUCAAUAAAGAUUAAAAUCAUAUUUCAGAAAAAUUACAAAAGCAUUCAGAAUUUCAGCAUGAACUAUUCAGACUCAGCUGUAGAGAUUUUUCACCUCAUGGGAAAGAGGUUUUAGGAAUAAUAAGAUGAUUAUUUAAUGAGAGUUUGGCCUUCUCCUCCACGGCCAGUCACACGAAGAUAAAGGCUGGUUCACAUUUGCUUUCUUUUUUGCUUCUUUUGAGUGUAUAAUAAGGUUUUUAAUAAUAUAAUUGGAUAGCUGCUGUUUCAGAGGAAGCUGAGAAAAGUAUAUAAACAGCAGGUAUGAACACACAACGGGUUCAAAAACCACAGCUUAUAUGAGGAAAAUGGUCCAACAUUUAACCCCAAAGACGACAUAUAUGUGGAAACUGAAACUUUUUUUUUUUUUUAUAUGCAACAUGUUUAUAAAAAGUGGUCAGAGGACAGGUAAAAAGUUGUUAUCGAGGAACAAACAGUUCAUCACUGUGUCCACAAAUGAGGUUAAAACUGAAUCCUGCAAAGAGGAAACCAGAUAGAAAUUUGAGGAAUCCAAAAUUGACUCCCUUUUUGUAAAUCAUGGACGCUGUAUCCUCCUCUCUAAAAAGAAGAGGAAACAGCUUUAUUAGAUUAGACAGCAUCUCUGAUGGUGUGGGGAUCAUCAGUGUCCACAUCUUGGGUGUCUUCCACAUCUGUGAAGGCUCCAUUAAUGCUGAAUAUCUACAGGCUUAGGAGCAACAUCUGCUGCAAUCCAGACAAAGACUUUUUCAGGGAAGACCAUAUUUCAGCAUGACAGUGACAAGUCACCUCAGCUAGUCAGUAAAUCAGUGGAAUGAUAUCAUGAGUGGAGUGUCUGUUAGUUUUUACAAACAUCUACAGUAACUGUCAGCUUUUUCAUGCCUUAAACCUGACUCUGUUUGAGACAGAAGGAUGUACAUUUGAGAGUUUUGCAUCAAAGAUGAAGCAGACUGAGUGAAAACUCCUUUCUCCAGUGUUUUUACAUUUCUUUAGUUUACCAGUGGACCGUGAGUUUAGUUUGUUUAGUUAAGUCAUUAUCGAGGUGCACAGGAGGUAAAAGAUUCUGCUCCGGAGGAAACACUUAAAAACAUAAAGCUGAUUGCUUCAUUAAUAUAUAAAGCUGCUGGUACAGAGUGUUCUGGGUUCCUGAGGUAUUUAUGACAACAUGAACCCAGAGAGUCUGCUCUGACUAACAGAUUUUUAUUUCCUGGCUUUCAACAAAUCCUCUUACUGAAUUACUCUUUAUGGUUUCUUUGUAAUCUAACAGGAAUUUUCACUUGCAUGAAUCUGAUUGGCUGUUGGAGUGGAUGAUGUCACAUUUUUUCAGCAGCCAAGAUUGACUUUGCUUCUCGACUUUUACUCUAAGGGCAGCAAACAAAUUUGAUGCGAAUGAAGGAGCAGUUUUUUGUUCUAAUGCAAAUCUAAAGAUAGUCGGUGAGAUGUUGGUGAGCUGUACAUUAUUCUGGCAUUAGCAGCAUGUUUAGCUCCUGCUCUCAGCUCUCCCUCCUGCUGUUGCCUUUAAAUUUACCCUGUGCUGUUAAUGAAAUGCUCUGAAGAGUCAAGGCUGGAGGGUAACAGUGGAAUUCUUCUCAUUAAAAGUUCUGACUUCAGAGUUAAUUUUAGCAGGGAUAUAUUUUUUGUAUUAAUAAAAUAUUAAAGCAAAUAUUCAGAAGCAGAUUUUAAGCAAAGUUCCUUUUAUGUAAUGUUAAACAAAAGUCAGAUUUUUCCUUCAUUUUCAUGCGUGUUUUUGAGGGACUUUCGUUCCUUUUAAAACAAAACUAACUCCUGAACACCGGCAUUUUUCCGUAAUGUUUUUCCUUUUGUUAAAAAGAAAACACAACCAGUUUUUGUUAAAUUCUGCUUGAAAUGAAAUAGUUCCCCUUAUAACCAAAUCAAGCCGUAGGGUUUGGUGCCUGAUACAGUGUGAGAGUGGAUUCAGUUUAAUGCCUAAAGAUAUUUAUUUACAGUCAGCAGGAGCUCUGUUUGUUUUAGACUCGAAGAAAAGCCUCAUCGCUGUGAGUUUUCUGAGGAUUACUGGAAGUUCUUGCCUGAUGUAACAAAAGAGAAACUGUGUUGAUGUAACAAAAGAUUUACCUUUGAGUAUAAAGAUAAACAGAUGAAUCAGUGAAACAGGACUCUGAAUAAUAACAGAUACAGAGUAAGACUUUGUUUUUGGUCGAGAAAAGCUCUCUUUUUUCAGACCGUUAUAUACAGACUACAUUCCUUCAUGUGUUUCAGAUGAAAUCAAAAAAGGAUGUUAAAAAUCUCCAUUUUAUUACAGUCUGUAACAGAUAUCUGCAUGAAGGUCAGCUAACAGUCUGUUCUAGAUCAAACAUGAGGCACUAAUCUGCUCCAUGCUGAGUCACUUAAGACAAUCUGCGUUCAGAUUUCCUGACUUCCCUGAAUGCAUCAGAAAUGAUAGAUCUGACCUCCAUUCAACAAACAUUUUAAAGUUGUUUCUCCUCCUCUUGAGGACAGACCUGACAAAACUUGACUGUUGACUUUUACCAAUCUGCAUCAUGUUGUUAUUUCAUCAAACUGAAGACCUGUUAAUGAUGAGGAAAUCACGAGAACACGAGUUUCUGUAUCAGGUUCAUACUGCUGAGAGUGAAGAGUUAAGCCUCUGAGGGACCAUUGACAGAGAAACUGACACUCAGGAAAACAGAAACUGUGAGCUAUAGUGGAGUCUCUGUAUAACUUAGAGUAAACAGUAAAACUGAGACUCUACACAAACAGGUGACAAGUAAGCCAUAGUGGAAUCUCUGUGUUGACAGUAAAACUUACUAUGAACAGUUUGACUGUUACUCAAGUCAAAUAGUUGAAGCAGUAAGCUGUUGUGGAUCCUCUGUACAAACUAACACUUCUACAGUUCAACUGAGACUUAUUACAAAAAGAUGAAUGGGCUUUCCUCUGGGGGGUGUAAUGAACCAACAAUUGACGGCCUGGAGGGACUCAUUUUCCCUUAAUCUUUGAGCUAAGGUCCCCUAGAUGAAUUAGUCUUUGAAUAAUGAAGUGCACAGAAUGAGAUUUAAAGCUGAAAGUUAGUUUUUGCUCGAUGCUGUCGACCGUCGUUCCAAGGAGCAAAAAUUAUUGUAAGACUAAAUCUGGCAGGCUUUUGAUAUUGUAAUGGACAUCGGCUUAGGGAGACUGCUCCGUUUUUUCCUCCUUCCACAUUUUCCAGACAACCUUUCCCUGUUUUGGAGUGCUUGACUUCAAACUCCUCUGUUGCUCUUUUUAAUUAAUCAUGGGGUUCCUCAGGGGUCUGUCCUUAACCGUUGUUGUUUUCCACGCACAUGCUUUCUAUUAUUCAUUUUGGAAAUGAAAUUCACCUUGUUUGUUCUCCAGGUACAGACUACUUUGGUAGGCCAGAGUGAAGACACUUAAGAGACUGUCCCCCUGGGAAUUGAGUAAUGAGCCAUGACUAAAUAGACUGGAUAUUACAGUCCGUGGAUAAAAUAGACCACACUGAAGGUCAUUCAUCUGCCGGAUACACUAAGCAUGUAGUUGAUCAUUGUUUCAAGAGGUUGUAUUAUCCUCUGAUAACAACCAGUGGUUUCCUGAGAUUGUUGUUGCUAAAUGUGGAAAUUUCCAACAUUUCCUAUGACAGUUGAGUGUUUUUUUUUGGUGACAAAUCAGGUCAUUUGGAUGUUAAAAUAGGCUUUUGGAUUCACUAAUCACAUUUUCAAUAUUUUCUAACAUGUCAUAGAGUAAACAACUUGCGAUGCUGAGAAAAUGAGCUUUUUAAUUGCCAUUCUUUGACUUAAGUGACGCAGAGGACUUUGCAUAUUAAUGAAUGAAAGAACCUCUCUCAGCCUCUCAGCAUCAUGAUGUUAUUUUAAGGCUCUAUUUUUAAUUAAAAGCAGCCUCAAGUGUUGGUGUGAACAGCUGCUGCUGUGCUGCUGACACUGUGCGGAUGUAGACAAGGUGUGAAGGAGUGACUGUGAAGUUAUUUUACAGAAAUGUGGCUAACAUGGAAAAAGCUGGUAGGGUUAGUUUGGCUUUUUUCUAAUAAAUGUAGUUUCUCAUAAGAAUGCCUGUAUUAUGUAGAAUUCCUUGGGUAAUAACAGUUAUUUCUUAGUGUUAAUAAUCUUGGAUGCAAACAUACAGUUUUGUAUAAUCUCAAAGUAACUGAACUGUGAUGUAACUCUCUAAUACCUUGUACUUCCAGGUGGGGCGUAUUACCUGAUCUCGAGGAGUCUGGGUCCAGAGUUUGGAGGCUCCAUUGGUCUGAUCUUUGCCUUUGCCAACGCCGUUGCCGUGGCCAUGUACGUGGUCGGCUUUGCUGAAACUGUGGUGGAGCUGCUUGCUGUAAGUCUCUGCAGUGAUCACUGCUUUUGCAAUUUGACACUUUCAUUCACCAAACUCAUCUAAUUAAACUGCUACCAGUUUGGAAGAUGACAUCUCAGAGAACUACCUGCCACAUGACGGAUAAAAGUUUGCACCAAAAUAGUCUUUUGAAUCAGAAAUAUACUUACAUUCAGGGUUUAUGUGUAGCUGCUCCUCUGCUGUCAGUUAAAAAAAUGCUGAUUAAUAAUUUUAGCAGUGUGCAUUACUGUAAAAAUGCUGCAUAUGGUGUAUCUGUCGUCCUCGGGCUGCUGCUUACAGAAAAAAUAAAUUAAUUGUUAUUCAGUGUAUCACAGGACAGUUCACUAAAGGACUUCAAAACAACCAUGUGGAGAAAAUGAACAAUUUUUUAAAGUAACAUAUAACAAGACCACCUAUUACCACAGCUGGUCAAAAUCUGAGAUGAGCCUGAAGCCCCAAGGAAACAGCCAUCAGGCGUUGACUGUGUUGACUGCCUGCAUUUCAAAAGUUGUUGACUUUACACGUUGUUCAGUGCUGUCAAACUUUUCAGAUGAUUGAAAUGCCGUAUUGGCGCUGUUGGAAACCACUCUAAAAGCUUUUUCAUCUAUCAAUCAAGGAACAAAAGAGGAAAACAAGCAAAUAGGAAAUGUGUUUUCUUGUGAAACCAAAGCACCAUCAGCUGACAGCACUGGAGAUAUCUGCAGCAUUUCAGACAUUUUCUUCUUGAGUUUUAACUGGAGGGAGAAUGUUGUGAAAAUUGUCAUGAUGAUGUUUUUUUGGAUCCAUAAUUGUUAGUCUUCAUGUUUCCCGUCUUACAAUUAGUCUAUUAGUACAUUUAUAUUUCAUUAUUUUAUUUCUCUGAGAAAAACUUUUACAAAGAGCAGGUAAAAAAUAAUAAUAAUAAUCUUUGAAGAGGCAGAAACCUCGAAUGGAACCAGACUCUGUUCAAACAGAUGUCUGCUGAGACCAGAGGAGUCGAGAUAAAACCAACAGAUAACAGGGAAUUUACGGCAACAAUUACAUCAAAAUUUGUGCGAUACUAGCUGAUAAAAGCUGUAUAGCAUUGAUAAAAGAAGUAUGACCAAUGGUAAUAUGCUAACAAUUGCAGCUGUUGAAGUCAAACAACUCAAAGAUAACCAUUAGCAGUUAUAUAGAUGACUAUAUGUAUAAUGAAGACUGAUAUGAAGACCUGUGGCAUUAUGUUCGGGUGCUUUUUCGUGGCCCAAAUACCUGACAUCAUGACACAAGACAAGAGAGACUCAACUGUCAAUAUAGUUAUGUUAAAAAAACAUGUUUGGGGAUGUUUCAAGACAAAUAACCUAAAAGAAACUUUUUGGUUGAAAUAAAUCGUGAAGACAUCAGAUUAUUCUGCUGUGGGUAUGAAACAGUCCCGUGUUUUUCCACAUAUUUACCUUUUGUUUUGUUCCUCAGAGUGUGGACGCCCUAAUGACGGAUAAUAUCAAUGACAUCCGAAUCAUCGGCACCAUCACUGUGAUCCUCCUCCUGGGAAUCUCGGUGGCAGGAAUGGAGUGGGAGGCAAAGGUAAAAGCAGAGUUUCCCCUCAGGGGAUUAAUUGGUUACAUUAACCAUUGCUUAGAUAAGAGAGUAAUGAUGAUGAUGAUAUGUAAUGGUUACUGUGCAUCUUUUAGGCCCAGAUCUUCUUGCUGAUCGUCCUCAUCACAGCCAUCUUCAACUACUUUAUUGGGACCUUCAUCCCCUUCAAGUCAAAGGAACCAAUGGGCUACUUUGGCUAUGAUGGUAUGACAAACUAAGUACCACUUUCCCCAAAGAGUUCUAUUCAGUUUUUUAGCUACAAUGUUGGUGUUUAAAACUCUUUUCUUUUUUUAUCUACCAGCUUCUAUAAUGUGGGAAAAUAUGGGUCCAGACUUCAGAAAAGAAACCUUCUUCUCCGUCUUCGCCAUCUUCUUCCCUGCAGCUACCGGUAUCCUGGCUGGAGCCAAUAUUUCAGGAGACCUUGCAGUAAGUUGUCUGAAAUUAACAUACUCUGUAAUUUAAUACCUUUCGAAACGAAUGGUCAACUCUGAGGUUUUAUCCCGUAUGAGAUCUGCAGACCUGAAGACGCCAAACAAAGCAAACCUCAUGUCAUCACUUCUGUGCAGGAGCACAUUCACGCUGCUUUUGAUGAUUAACUCUGUUGAUAUACAAGCAGAACUGAAACAGAGAUCAAGUUUGAGACCUUGAAGGUUUCACCAGUGCUCAGCGGUUUUAUUACUGCAACAGUUUCUCAACUCUGUGGAGAUUUAUGAAACUUUUUGGGGGAUUUGCGUCCCUCCAUUUCACCACAUUUGUUUGUAAGACAAGUAGGACAUGUUGUAAAUAGCUAUACAUACCACCGCAUGGGAAUUUUACAUAACCUGCUGUAAGAAUACAGUGACUCAGACACAUCAAAAGGCCUCAUCUCUCUGGUUUGUGCAGAUUUAGAUCAUCACAGCUUGUCUCUGCUUUUAUAGGACCCACAGCUGGCCAUCCCCAGAGGAACACUUCUGGCCAUCCUGAUCACAGGAAUCGUCUACCUGGGAGUUGCUGUUUCAACAGGUGGAGUGAUAACUGUCGUGCAUUUAUGAUAUUGGACAUUUUUUUCUCCAUUCUCAAACUCAUUUUUUAUUUUUUUUUAUCACAUCAGGCUCAUGCAUCGUGAGAGACGCCACUGGAAACAUGAACGACACGCUGAGCGCCCAGUUCACUAACUGCACUGACGCUGCCUGCAAAUUCGGCUACGACUUCUCCUUCUGCAAGACUGAGAAUGCAAAAUGCAAAUACGGACUCCAGAAUGACUUUCAGGUACUGAUUAGUAGGAUAUCAGAAACCUCUCAGGUAGAGAGAGCUGAAACAAAGAAGGGUUUUUUUCUCAUUUUGCAUUGAAUCGUUUGUUCAGGUGAUGAGUAUGGUUUCCGGUUUCGGUCCCAUCAUCACUGCCGGGAUCUUCUCCGCCACGCUGUCCUCAGCUCUGGCCUCUUUAGUCAGUGCUCCUAAAGUGUUCCAGGUGAGACAACCAGGUUUCCUGUUGUGUAGGAUUAUGGGAAAGUUUGAAUGUCCACUAAUUUACCAAUCUGUUCCCACAGGCUCUUUGUAAAGACAACAUCUACCCCGGCCUGAGCAUGUUCGCCAAAGGUUACGGCAAAAACAACGAGCCCCUUCGAGGUUAUAUCCUGACCUUCGGUAUCGCUCUGGCCUUCAUCCUCAUCGGUAUGACAGCUUUUAUCAAUCAAUCAACCAGUCUUUAUUUAUAUAGCACUUUUCAUACACAACCAUGUAGCACAAAGUGCUUCACACAGCCAAGGAAAAAGAAAACCCAAAGAAUACCCAAAUCUACCCAAACCAAACCCCUCAUUCCCACCCCAUGAUCUAAACGCAACAGAAACAUGUAUUAAAAUGCAUUAACUUAAAAAGACUCGAUUUCAUAGAAACAUGAAUGCACGCAAAAAAAACUCAAGAUAAGGAAACACUGGAGGUUCAAAAUCUAAAAACAAAGUAACAUAGAAUUAAAUUUCAGUAGUAAUAAAUAAAUUGAAAUGAAAACAACAGUAACAGAUACUAAAAUAAGAGCACCAAAAUAGUUCAAUAAAAGACGACCCUGUCAUUAAAACCAGAAAGAGAAAAAUGCUUAAACACUUCAACAAAGUUACUGAUAUAAAAUUUUGUUAAAAGCAAGACUAAAAAGGUACAUUUUGAGUUUAGUUUUAAAAUCAGUAAGAUUAGGUGCAGUCCUCAGGUCUUCAGGUCUUCAGGUAAGCUGUUCCAUAGACCGGGGCCGUAGUAAUAAAAAGAUGCCUCACUGCAAGUCUUGGUUUUAACUUUAAGUAAUGUUAACAGAGAACUGCCUGAAGACCUGAGGGCCCUACCUGGCUCAUAGUGUAAAAGCAGAUCAGAUAACUGAGAUGGGCCAAAGCUGUGAAGAGCUUUAAAAACCAAUAAAACAACUUUAAAAUGUAUUCUAAAAGAGACCUUAAAACCAGUGUAACGUGAUCUCUCUUACACAGCUCUCUUUUACAGCUUUCUUAUAUUAUAAUAAAACAAGACUAAAGGCAGCUGUGUUAUAGCUAUAUGAAAAUGUUGCCUUUAUUUCAUAACCUUAUGGUCUCUGUUUCGGGGGAAAUGUGAAGUGUGGCCACAUCCACUAGUAAAUGACAUUCAUUUUGACAUAUGUGAUGCCACAUCCUAACGCUGGCUUGUCUUUUAUGAACGGUCAUGGUUGUAAACGCUUAAGAGAAAACAUAUUUUAAAGCUUGUUUGAGAUUUUCACUUUUUACUAUAUAAUACCUGUACAUGUCAUAUUGGGUCCCACCCCUGAAAAGUAUCCAGUAUCUUAAAAGACUAAAAAUAUUACUAACUAAACUGAAACGACACAUUUUCAAACAAAAAAAAUCUAAACAAAACAAAAAAGACCAACAAAAACUGAACUGAAAUUUUCAACAGACAACAAAGCCUGAUGUAGGUGUCGUAAGUAUUUUAUCCCCGCCUAUGGUUAAAUGUUGACUGACAGCACACUGUGUUUUUCUGAUAACUCUUUCUGAGUUUUGACCUCUUCUUGUCUUGACUCAUGUUUUCUUCUUGCAGCCGAGUUGAAUGUAAUCGCCCCGAUCAUCUCCAACUUUUUCCUGGCGUCGUACGCCCUGAUCAACUUCUCCGUAUUUCACGCCUCUCUGGCCAACUCCCCAGGUAAGAUCUGAACCCAGAAACGAGAGGAAAAUGAUAAUUAAAAGCUGCUAAAUGAUCCACAGCAGAGGAGCUGAUCCCCUGUCUGAUUAUAAAAACCAGGAGCUCAUCAGCGUCACGAGUCCUGGGCAGUUUAACGGUGAUGGUGAUGGGAAAUGAUGAGGAUUCAGAAGGAAUUACACGAAGCACUUAGACGUGUCCGGAGCAGCAAAGAGCUUAGAGGCGAGUUUUACUGCUCAUAAGACUCAGACUGUCAGAGUGUCUGUACAGAGUUAAUGGAGAUCUAAGGGAGACACUCUGCAGGCUGCAUUAACAUUGAGGGGACUGUUCUUCUCAUUAUUCCACGUUUUUACAGAGACAGCGGUCAACAGUGACUGUAAACGCUCAUAUUCAUCAGCUGUUUGAUCCCUCACUCACUGAAAUGAACAAUGAAGCAGAAAACAUGCUAAAACUGAACAAGGAUUGAGGGUGAAACUUAAAAAGCAGCUAAACCCCGUGAGCUUCAUUUAGGCAGAAUGAUACACAAAUACUUUCACCAUCCAGAUAAAGGAAAUAACUCAGAGCUGCUGUGUAAAGAUCUGAAUCAGUAACAAACAACGCAUUAAAUCAAACGCUUGUGCUGAAAUUUAGAUCAUUUUAUUUGUUUACUUCUUGGAAAUCUUUUUUUCUACUUUUGUUCUUGUUUGUUUAUGUAGUUGGAUCCUUUAGGCUCCUGCUAAGGUAGCAACCGCACGUCCUGGGAUCCGCUCACACAAACAUGCAAUUACACUCCACACAGAUGAAGCGAUUUAAAGUCCAAGGACAAAUUAAACAACAAAAACAAACAAAAGGCAAAAUACAAAAAUGUGAAGAUGACAAAAAGGCUGACUUUUUCAUACUUUUUCUUUCUUUCUUCGUCUUAAGAACAUACUGGCGUUGAAGGGAAAAAAUAAUAGGGAUAACAUCGACCUCGAGGUUCUUGAUGUAAGAAGUCUAUUAGUAUAAUUGAGUCUGUGACGUUGGAUUUUGCUGUGAAGAGUUUAAGACCACAGGACGGGGCAGAAGUCCAAGUCAGCGAGAAAUGAUGGCGUUAGAAGUGGAGUGAUGCAGCGAUGCGGGAGGAAUUUAAAACAUUACAUGCCUCCUCCAGUUUUUGAUCAUAAUUUCUAAAGUGACAUUUCUCUGAGAGCUUUGUUUGGAUAUCAAGCAACAACAGUAAAAAAAAACCUUUUCAUGCUUCUCAAGCGUCAUUUUGAGGAAGCAGUUAUGAAACGUUUUGUGAAAUGGCGCUGCAUUUCCUGUCAAAAUUAAAGCUGUCACUGAUAAAAAUCACUUUCUUGUUCUUGUUUGUGACUCUACGUGUUGCUUUGUAGAGCAGUCCAACAGUUUAGACAUAGAAAAAGAGAAACUUUAGAUCUGAAGUCGACAUUUUUAUCAGUCAGAUGUGUCAAGUUGAAGAUCUUUAUAGUUUAAUAAGAUGAUGUUUCACUCUCUCAUUCCCAGUGUGGUUUUAUUGGUUUUAUUGUUCAGGAGGGUUGUUGGGGUCUCUGUUAUUAAAACAGCCACAUUAGAGGAGUCAUUGAAAUAAACCACGGAUUAAUGGAUCUGAGGGACAGUUGUGUAAGCUCUGGGUUUUUAUUCCACAGUUUGUUUUGUUGUUACACGGCAGCAGCUCUGUUUGAUUUUGAAUAUCACAGAGAUGAUAAACCACAGGAAUUAUGGGAGUCUUUGACUUUGUUACUGACACUUAGGAAGAUCAAAAUGGCGUAAAACCACCUGAAUUCAUCCAGAGCUUUUCUAGAAGCAGAUUCAACAUAUUUAAUACUUUGUCUUUCUAAGUGUUUCAUGGCUCCUUUUAAUGGCGUCUGUUUUUAUAGAUUUUAUUCAGCUCUGGGAUUAAGAAUAAGAGACCACCUCAAGUUUUCUCUAAAUCAUAAAUUCAGCUCUUAUGAUCCCUCGAGGUGCUUGAUCACCAAAGUGAAUCUUUAACUCACUUUAUUACUUUCAAAUGAAGUAUUUAGUCAUUUAGGAGUAAUAAAAUCUGAAUGAGAUGAGAGAUGAAGAAAGAUUCACUGAAGGGAUUUGAUACUUGGUGUCAAAGUAGAAAUCAGAUGAAGCAGAAACACUUUACUUCUCUCAUUUUGAUUAUAACUGUUUGAUUAUUUAUAAAAUUGGACACCGUCACAUUUAAAUCUUUAGAAAUUAGGCUCAAGCUGUCCGCAUGAUGUGAUACUGAUGAAUGCAAGUGAGAAACUGUUGGCAUAAUUCAGUGAUUUGAGUGAACUAACCCUUUAGUUUGCAGUCAAUGAAAUGCAUCUGGUGUAUUUAUUUUGAGUUUUGUGCUUUUUUCCACUCGCUCUUGCAGAACUCCAGGUACAGAUUCUCUCUCCUCCCCGCAGGUCGUUCUGUAAUUACAUGGACGUAAAUGGUACAUGACUCCAUCUGUAUCAGGAGACCAGAAAGAAAACUAAAAAUAAAACACUUGGACCGUAUUUUUUUUGGUGUUGUGGUCUCUUCAAGGCUGAUUUCUCUCCAGAGAGAAGAAGAGCAGCAUCAUGUACCCUCUAUGUCCUGUGGUUAGACUCUGUCAUUGUGUAACCACACGCAGUCCCAUCACUAAAACCCCUUUAGACUAGUCUCUGUGGGUCCCAGUGCGUAAAACUGAAAACUCUCCCUAAUAUCUGGUGUAACCCUCUGCUAACAGGAAGCUAACUUUCAUUCUUUAACUUCAACUUUAACUGGAUUCAUGCUCUGUAACAGCAACAUUUACUGUUUUUAAACCACAUUAACGGUGAAGAGUCUUGGUAAUAUCAGGUCUGACUCCUCUGCCCAAAGUAACAUGAAGUGCAUUUCCUCCCUUUGUCAUCAAUAUUAAUAUUUCAGACAGCCGUAAAGUCGCUGCUCCUUCUUUGUUUCUGACUUGUAUUUGGUUGGUGCUCCAGGUUGGCGUCCCAGCUUUAAAUACUACAACAUGUGGGUCUCCCUGGCUGGAGCCGUCCUGUGCUGCGUGGUGAUGUUCGUCAUUAACUGGUGGGCCGCUCUGCUCACCAACGUCAUUGUCCUGGGUCUGUUUAUCUACGUCAGCUACAAGAAGCCAGGUGAGGCAUCGAGUCUGGAAUGUGCAAACAAAUUAGUUCAAGUUAAAACUCAGUAUUAUGGCCACCAUUUACAGAGUUCUGCAUUAAGAACAGAGGUUUUAAGUUGAUUCAAAGACUUCAAAUGUCACAUUAUUUUUAAAGCCCUUGAAUUCUUGGAGUAGAUUUCUUCCUCCUGCAGCAGUUAACAGACUGUAAAGGCUGCAACAUAAUCCUUAAACUGAUCAAAGUGUCCACUGAUACUAAACAGUAAAAGCAGUGAUUAAGUGGUUUGUCACUAUGUAAAAAUAUCUGCAUAGCUAAGUGGAAAACUAUCAAAUUGGGCUAAAAUAGGUUUAUACACUUCUUGUACUAGGGUAGGCAUGCAUAAACAUCAAACAUUAGCACUGCAAUACUUCAAACAUAAAAUGAUUGAAACUAAUUUGUGUGAAGUUGAGCGUUUCUCUCAGUUGUUUCGAACUCUUAUUUUGGAUCUGAGCUGACUGUUUAAAAGUCAGAAAGAAAAUUAACUUCACUAAGGUGAUGGUAGACCAGCAACUCUUGCUCUCUGGGAGUUUAAAAUUGAGUUAGAGAAAAGUAUUGUACCGGCAUUAUUCUGCCUGAAGUUUAAGAAAAACCCUUUCUGAUAGUUAUACGCUGCUCACCAAUUAGAUUUCAAAAACUGAACUUUUUGCAAUUUUGACUGAGACUUCAGUUUGUGCAGUUUAAGUUGAUUCUUAUCAGAUUUUCAGUUUCUAAUCCCACAGUGGGAUUUCCAGAACUUGAUUCUGAAGAGGCUAAAAGAUUAUUGAGAUCUGUGGCCUGUUUCAUAAGGAUGGACCUGCAGUUGCGCUCGUCGACUGUGAAAGUUUCCUCCUUUUUUUCAGGGAAACUGAUAGCUCAGCUGUUUAAUCUAACCGCAGAGCAUGCAGCUCUUUUUCUGCAAAAGAAUCCAGAAAUUUCUACCUGACAAGAAUAAUAAAAAACACAGAAGGUGUAUAAAAAUGUGAUGAAAUAAAGUUCCCAGUAAACACAAAAGCUUAGCCGUCCAUUACAUGUUACAUUAUGGUUUAUUUUCCUUUUUGUGUAAACAGACUUUUUGAUUUUGUCAUGACGGAGCAGAAGUGAAAUUGUGAAGCUCUAAAAAGCUUCAUUUUUUAAGUUUCGUGUGAAUUGGUUUUGAAUCAUUCUGGUGGCCUGAAGGAUCAAAACUGAAUCAGGACAUAUUGAAAGAGUUACAUUCAUCAGCUAAGUAUUUUUUUAAAUAGAGACAGAUGUUUGAAACUCUCUAGAAACACACCAGACUACACUGAGAAAAUCAGGAACUUACUGAAACUUGCUUAUUACUGAAACUAUUUCAAAAACCGAGAUACCAACCAAUCAUAUCAGCAGCCACCGGCUUCUCCUGUGUGCUCUGUGGGGCAGAUGAGAUUGAAAGGAUCAUUUCAGUUUUUAAAAAAAGCAUCUUCUUCUCUUACCAUCGUAUUUUGGAUCCAGUCAGAGACGAGACUUUUUUUAUCAGACAAUCUGAGCCGGUCAGGGACACAAACAAGAACUUUUAAUGGACUCACUUUGAUGCAUCAGGAAUUAUGUUACAGCCUGUUCACCUGUUGUAGGACCAGCUCAUAUAUUUUACCUGUCGGGUAUUUAGACCUAAUAAUCUUUCAGAUAGAGACCAGCAGAAUUCAGGUGGUCUCCUCUCUGUAAUCUGCUCUAAUCUGAAGGAAAUGAUCAUAGAAAUUAAAACAGACUGUGAAAUAUUAAACCACAACCUGCGAUCUGAUGCUGUUAUUCUGAUACUUUGAUAAAUGUGAUGAAAUGUUUUAUGACCCUGAUCGUCCAGUCCUCUAUCCAAACACACGGCUGUCAGCGCAGCUCCGAGCAGACACUUGUGAACACACACCUGUGUGCACACUCAGUUUGACACUCAGCUACACACACAUACGGAGCUCAUCAGAGCCUGUGACACCACUGGGGUCAGCUGACCUGUAAACACACGUCCUGACGUCUCCGUGUGUCUCUUGUCUGCGUGCGUCCUCUCCUCCAGAUGUGAACUGGGGCUCGUCCACCCAGGCUCUGACCUACCACCAGGCCCUGACCCACACUUUGCACCUCAGCGGAGUGGAGGACCACAUCAAGAACUUCAGGUAACAAAAACAUUAGAAACACCUGCGAGCCUAAAAACAGGCUGAGGUUGGUGUCAGUGAAGCAGGACUGACGGUCACAAAGUCAACAACAUGAACAGCUGUGACUUUCCGUGCUUUCUUGACACGCUGAUUAGUUCAUCUGUUAGCAUGCUAAGAGAAAAUCCACAGAGUUGGACUGAGUUCGAAACGUGUUGUUGAUGAUCGGACUGAAGUUAUAUUUGCUGCAUUAUCCCUGCAACAGUAGACACACUCAGUGUCUUUCCAAAUGGAGAUCGACGCUAAUUUUAUAGGCUACAUGACAAUCUACAGACACGCCGGAACAAUCAGAUAGGAUCAAAGUCGGAUCACAAUCAUGAAAGCUGGGUGGUUGAUAUUUAUGUACUUAUUUCUGCUGCUGGAUCACAUGGCCGUGUUUCACUGCAGGUAUAAUCCACAGUGCACGAUUAAAUAGCGAGUGUACCACAAGCAGAGAUUUAAACAAGAGAAAAGUAUGAAAAGAGAGGAAGCAAAACUCACUGUCUCCAGUUUUCUCUCCCUCUCUGACAGACACUGUUGUGAGAAGUUAUAAAAGAGUUAUUGAAUAAAACGGAAUAUGAGAGGAGCAUUGAGAUUAUGAUCCGUCUGACUUUGUUUAUGGUGAAAACUAGAAAUACCUCAGUGUGGGCGCAACAAUGGAGCACCUGCUGCAAGUUGUAGCACUCCGCAGGGAGUGUUAUAAACAUGACGCAGACUGUAGCAAAGUGAUAAAAAAAAACAUGACACCUGUGGAUGAACUCAAUCUGCAUAUCCCACGGAGGAAACAAACAUAAGUUCAAAUGUUUCCAUAAGCUGAUGGUUUUCAUUUGUAGUGCCCUGACUUUUUGGACUUAAGUAUGCAGUAAUCGAUAGUCAAGCUUGCACCUAAAUGGCUAUUUUUUUGUCCAGUAGUCUGUCAGUUUGAGCCUCACUCUGUGUGAUUUUGUGAUGAACCUGCUCCAUAUGUUGAUAUUUAGCAUGUUAAACAAUCUUGCAGUCAUGUCAGUUAUAUCUAUUCUAAAACACAUAGAAUUUAGGAAAAAACACAUUUUGUCAUCGAAAUAAUUCAAGCGAUUUUAAAUAAGUUGUCAAUAAAUGAUUAUAAAUACAUCCAAAGAUCAGUCAGAGGGGAUACUCUGAAUGUGCAUCCCUCACAGAGCAGUGGGUGAUUUGAAUACAGCUGAGCAGGUCCUGUCGUUUUGACGUUGCACAUGCUUUUUUCUCUCUGAGUGCACAUGCAGCACAUGUUUCAGGAACAUAUUAACGCUGACGUGACUUAAGACGCCAACCGGGCGAUUAAAAGACAUCUAAUGGCGUCUUCAGAGCUCCUCCCGUGCUCCUCUCGCCGCCUCACUUCAAAUCCCACACUGCUUAACAUACUUGCUUUGAUGUUCGCUACUCCGCUCUGUUUUUUUUUUUGUCCACCAAGAAGACAAGAGGCCACAGUGGAGGUCAGGGAGAGGGAGGGGCUGCACGUGAAUAACGGAGUAAUCCUCUACAUGUAGAGACAAAAGAUGAAACUAUUAAACGGUUUUAGAGUUUUAGUAAAAACUUGGCUGUAAUCCUGCUUCUCCUCCUCUGUGUGAUUUUAGACCCCAGUGUUUGGUGAUGACGGGUUACCCGAACUCUCGCCCAGCUCUCCUGGAUCUGGUCCACAGCUUCACCAAGAACGUUGGCCUGAUGAUCUGUGGUCAUAUUAAGAUGGUGGGAAUAAUCUUUUUUGUUUGUUUGUUUUAGUGUUUAUAGAGAAACGUUCAAAAAUCUGAAUCUUCUGAGACUGAAGAUGAAGGAUUCCUGCAGUGUUUAAGCUUUUUAGCCUGAAAUUUAUGCUUUUGCAGAAUGAUAUUAACAGAAAUUUUUAAACUAUGACAGAAACUAACUCACCCUCUCCCUCAUCCAACAGUUGUCAUGUAUUGUAAACUGUAUAUUCUACAAAACUGAGCUUCUGCCUCAUCUCUCAUUGCUUGGAGUGUUUCACCAACACUUUCUGCCGUUAGUAGCGAGCCGGCGAGCUGAAAGAGGGGCUUAACUUUCUGUGAGGGCCCCCGGGUCGAGUUACUCCCGCUACGUGUAAAUCUGUUUCCUAGUGAGCCUGUAAAGCCUAAUCUAAGCCUUUAGUGACUGUUAGUUGUUGUCAAACCAGUGAUUCAUGUCACACUGAGUUCAAUUUUGGCCUCUGCAGAGCUCAGGGAGGUGUUAAUGGAUGCAAGAGCACAGUUGUAGUAGCUUUUGAAUUAGAUCAAUAAUGGAUCCAUUGAAGCAUUACAAACCGGAACAAAAAGAGGGAGAGGGAGCCAAACGGUGCAUCCAAAAUACUCAGUGAUUCUUUGUAAAGACACUCAUUGUUUUGUCUCGUAAAAACAUGUAAAUCUUACAUCGUAGCUCCUACACUAGACUGUAUAAAUCACUGUUACUUUACAUCAAAAGAAGUCCUUGAUAAGAUAAAUUCCUGAAAUAGUGUAAAUGCUGGACUUGAACCAGAUCCAUGCUUCCUCAGAAUCAAACUUGUCAUUGAACCUCAGCCGUACAUUUAAUUUGUUUGGUCCGCUCCGAGGUGCUCCGUGUUAAAAAGCUUUUACUGACCCUCCCCGCCAGAGGUAAACACUCCACAAUAGAGAGGCCGUUUGGAUUGGAUGAACGUCACUCAGUGGAACACGCCGACCUCCACAAGUGGCCUCUGAUCUAAAACCUCUUUCUGCUUCUGUUAGCUCCAUCAACGCGGAGCGAAAGUCUGAGUGUGUAAACAUUCCCUGCUAAUGGAGUUACAGUUUCCUGGCUGUGGAGCAGCUCCCUGAGCUCUUUUCUGCAGAAAUAAACAAAAAUCCUUCGAGUUCAAUCCCCCAGUGUACAAAUCCAGUUGAAAAAAAACAUCCUUGGAAUUGAUGCCUGUAGAUUCAAGCUCUGACAUCAUUAAAAUCAGCCUUCUUAAUACUCAUGUGUCUCUGUUUUCAUGUGCAGAGCUACAGGAGGCCAAACUUUAAAGAGCUGGCCACAGAUCAGUCCCGGUAUCAGCGCUGGCUGAUGAAGAACGAGACCAAGGCUUUUUACACUCCUGUGUUUGCUGAGGAUAUGAGGCAGGGGACGCAGUACCUGCUGCAGGUAAGAAGACAUCUGGAAGAGAGAGACAGAGUCUGGAAGAAAUCUGUGUAAUGAGGUCUGUUUAUUCACUGGUGUCUGUUUUCCAUCAAGUAUUUUUGGUUUUUAUGAUGCAGCUCUGUGGUUCAUGAAACAUUUUUGAGUUUAGUGAAAUUCUUUUGGUGUGUUUUAUGAAAUGUUUGUGAAAUUGACCUUUCUCGGCCCGCCAUAAAAUCAGGAUGAUUCAUAACGUUCUGCUAUCAUGAGGUCUCUAGUCUGCAGAUCUGAACGAGCAGAAAGCUCAGCUGUUUUUGUCAGAAUACACACAGACUGAUGGUUUAACUUGUUCAAAUGACAACAUCUAAAAUCCCCACUGAUAGAAAAUUGAAAACAGGUAGACGCAGAUCUCUUAAAGUACGUCCAAACUGAGUUUUCCUUUCUGUGCAGAAUCAUUAACCUGCGAUUUAAACUCCCUCUCCUCCUCUGAAGGCUGCUGGUCUGGGCCGCCUCAAGCCGAACACUUUGGUCAUGGGCUUCAAGAACGACUGGAGGGACGGCGACAUGAUGAAUGUGGAGACCUACAUCAGCAUGAUCCAGUGAGUAAAUAAAGUUACACAGAGACUGAAGGACGGUAACGGAGAGACGAUUAGGAGGACAGACACUGAAAAAGGGCAAAUUAUAGAUGAUCUCUGUGUGGACAGUCGGGUUACUCCUCUUUCGAUUGAGUUAUCUGACAUUUAUGGUGGAAAUAGAAAUGUCAGUGCGUGUCUGAAUGCUGUGCAGGACAAUAUUAGAAGCUGUUGGGUGGAAAUCAUCAUGAUCUGAGCUGAAGCCUGCUGCUUAUACUGCUGUUUCUCCGGGAAACAAGGAUUUAUACAGCAGAAAACAUCAAAUAUGCAGUUUAGUGGAUCGUUUUUGUAUCAUGAGGAAUUUUUCAUGCAGCUUUUUGAACUGAACAAGAUAAACUGUAGUCCAAGUGAGCUGUCCAAACUGAUAAACUCUUUAUUUACCUCUCUUAAAUUUGCCAAAAACAACAAAUCAUCUUUUUUUCAAGCAGCUGGAAACAGCAAAUUUCUGACUUAUCAGGAGCAGAAAUGACUGAAGUGACAAUUUAAUAAUGAAAAUACUCUGGAGUUAAUUUUCUCCCUCAGACCAUCACAGCUCUGAAAAACCCCUGUCUCAUUCUCCGUGUUUUAUUUAUAAUUAAAAGUCUGACUCUCAUUGCGGCAGAUUUUCGUUCAGCCUGGAUGCAGCGGUGCAGAAACUCCUGCAGGAGCCAUGUGCAUGAAUACUGGAUGAAGACGUUCUUUUCAUAGAAACUUUCUCAGCGAGAGAGGAGGAGAGGGAGGGCAGGAGAGGACAUGUGCUCAGACUGUUUAGUCACCUCAGACUCAUGAAUGCAGGACUCUGAUGUUAAAAAGCAAAAAAAAAAGUCACCAGCAUGCAUGAUCUUUCUUGCUGCUGAAUGUUUAUCAGUUAAGUUUGGUGUAAAGACACCAUCAGUAGGGUUGAGCUGCAGAUUUAGUCUUGAGCGUUUUUUAUGGGAUUAGUAAUCUGUGUGGACCUCUAAAAGCUUGUGAGUCAGCCCCCCUGAUGUCAGUGUUAUGUCUGAGGAAUUCACACAGGUUAGGCUGUCCAUAAUUUACUCAGAUUUAAGGCGCUGAGGCACUGCACGACAUCCGCCUCAUUCCUGAGAUCGGCAUCGCAGUCUACAGAUAGGGCUGGGCGAUAAACCAAAAACUUACCGAUACCGAAAUUUACAACAAUAACCAACGUCAUUUUGUCCAUGUCAAUAUAUUUGGUGUCAAAAUAAAUAAAUGAAUAAAAGUUGGUUUGGGAUGUGUGGAGGUAGGCUAUGGUCUCAUGUCCCUUUAAGACGCUGUCCUACAUCAAAGACGUGACUCCACCCCAUCCAGACCAGUAAUGUGGGAGGGGGUGAGCAGCUUGUGGAGUAGUUAUCGUCCAUUUAUCGUUAUCGAGGUGAACUGCUCAAUAUAUUGUGAUAUUGAUUUGAGGCCAUAUCUCCCAGCCUUACUCUACAGACUGCUGGACAUUGAUGCAAAGAAAUCGCCUCGAUAUUAACAUCCAGUAAACUCUUCUAAAGCAUGUGCAUUCAAAACUUACUGCUCAAAGUUAAUAACUUCAUAUCAUAUGAAGCUCAUAACUUACAGCGCAUUAAAACAGUUUGUAUUGAGCUCAACUCCAGACUCUUUCUCCUAGAUUUUCGGCAGUCUGAAAUAUUGAUUUGAUGUCAACAGAUUUUGAAGCUGACAUUUUUCUCUGCUGGACAUAUUCAUGGUAGCAUUUUGGCAGUGCUGCUACAUUAAACAACUAUCAUUUCAACAACCUCAGCUUUGAAUAGACGUAUCUGAAAAACAAUCUUCAUUUACUAGCAAUAACCCACUGAGCAUUUUUUAGUCUAAAAGAGAUCUAGUAGACGUCUAAAUGUAGCCUAGACGACUGGUUAAAAAUCAGGCUACCACAGGUCUAAAAAUGAAAGUUUUUAGAUGUUUAAAUUUAGACCAAGUUUAGACUAAAUCUAAAUCUGGGCUAUAUCUAUACUACUCUGUAUGUUGCUUAACAGCUAUCAUAACUAUUUUGGUUAACUACUUGGAGAUCAGUUAUGCAAUUCACAGUUGCUUUUUGAAAUAAAUAGUUAUCGAAUAAUGGGUUAAAGUGAUACGUCUAAAUUCUGUCUAAAAAUAUACAGAAGCUAGACGGUUGAAAUUAGGUCUAAAAAAAGACUAGACGUCUAAUAGCCGUCUGUUGCUCAGUGGGAAAACACCAAAGACUAACUCUGUAAUCCAACAGAUUCAGUCUGAAUGUUUGAAUCGAGCCAAAUUCUCUGUUAGAAUAUGUGUGCGCAAUGAGAUAUCCUGUCUUUUUGUUAUAGUUACAUUUUAGUCAAUUCAAGUUUGUCAUCUUUCUCUUCACCUUUUCUUCUUUCCCUACCUCCUCUUCUCUUAUCUCUCUCGACACUCAUCCUACACUCUCAGUCUGCUCUGCCUUUACCCUGUUCUCCCUCCUCUCCUCCUCCUUCUUUUUCUUCUUCUCCCUUCACCCCCACAUUGUCACCCCCACUGAGUUUAUGUCUCUCUGUUCGCUCAUCUCUUGAAGGUGGAGGUUCACAUUGUGCACGUUGAGUGUGUGUCUGUGUGUGUGUGUGUGUGUGUAGACGUAACACUCUCAGUCUCGUACGCUCAGCUGCUACUCCUACAGAAGGUGUAAGGCUGUAGGACUGAGUGUAUUCACACAAUAACUGAGCAGUGCAGAGUGAGUGAGUGUGUGUGUGUGUGUGUGUGUGUGUGUGUGUGUGUCCUCCCUGCUGUUCCCUCAGUCAGUCCUGUAAUUGUGUUUUAUUGUGAAAGGGUUCAGCUCCUUAAAAUCACUUCAUCAUACACUCAGAUAUGAGCUGCAGCCCGCUCACACACUCUGACCUGCAGGACUCACACACAUCUCUGAACUCUGAGUGUGUGUUAAGAGUGUGAAAUGCUUCGUGAUGCAGACGUGGUUGAUUAACCCUUUGUUCCCGUGCAGUAGCAGUAAGAUGCUGUAAAACCUGAAAUAGUAUCCCAGACUUUUAUUUGCUCCAACAUCCCCUACAGUCAGAGAUCAGCCUUUAAUCAUUUCUUUGUGAAUUCAUCUUCAGCCAAAAACAAAAAUUAUGGUCUUGUUGUUCAUCUUGUAGUUAAUUAGGAGCCCGGCGUUUCUAAUUUGUGCAGUCAUCAAACCAGCGGAAUCUGAAUCUUGUCUUUCUGUUUUUCUCUCAGCGAUGCCUUCGACUUUCAGUUUGGUGCUGUCAUCCUGAGACUAAAGGAGGGACUGGACGUGUCUCAUAUUCAAGGACAAGGUGACACACACACACACACACACACACACACACACACACACACACACACACACACACACACACUUCAAGUCAACCACAAUGUGAUUUCAUGAAAGUAAAAUGUCAUUGAAACAAACUUUGACAGGUGCCAAAUAGUGCGAUUUCAUUUGUUUUACAGUUAAAGUAUACUAUAGUGUUGAUAUGUUGUAUGUAUUAUUCUCUUUUAAUUGUUUGAUUAAGGUCCUCAUUAAUGAAGAACUAAAUAAAGUCCUUCUAAUAAGUUUUUUCUCUGAAUUUUAAAACUUAACUCAUGAAAAUGUAAAUUUUUCUUUUUGUGGCCUCGACAUGCUGCUGUGAUGUUUAUAGUUUAAUGAUGUUCAUUUCUGCUGUGACUCCAUGUGGACUGACUCCCUUUUGGAUACAGACUCUAGUGGACACCAAAGAAACUGCAGUUUUUGGCUUUAUUUCUUUUUACCGUCAGAGGUUGACUAGCAGCACUUUGGGAAAUUUCACAGUCCUGGGUUCAAACAUCAGGAUGUCUUUGCCUCCUUUCUCUUGAAUCCGAUGAAACCUUCCUGUUUCUCUUUCUUGUUAUUCCCCGAACUGCAAAGAAGUGGAUGUGACCUUUCAGUCAGUGUGUCUGUGUGAAGUCAGCCCAGCUCAGCUCAGCGUUAACAUCUCAUUUCCUGUGUUUUCUUUACAUUUUUCUCACCCUCUCCCCUCCACCCUCGUCCUCCCAGAUGAGCUGCUGUCCUCUCAGGAGAAGUCCUCUGGGAUGAAGGAUGUGAUCGUGUCCAUAGAUACCAGCAAAGACUCUGACGCGGAUUCAUCCAAACCGUCCUCCAAGGCCACCAGCCUGCAAAACAGCCCGGCUAUCCAGAAAGGUCAGAUUAACACCAAUACAUCCAGAGAUACUCUAAUACUCAUUUCUUAUUUUCUCAUUUCUUCUUCACACACAAACACACUGAAAAACCAUCUACGGAUAUCCUGAUAUUCAUUUCUUAUUUUUAUUCUCAUAAUUCAGAACAGCUUAACUCUCCAGAAAGGUCAGGCACACUAGUGUAAAUACGUCUACACUCAUAUUAACACUCACUUUAUGUGUUUACAAUAAAACCUGCAGAACAGGUCUGAUUGAUGCAGGAAUAAACAUCUCAGCACUAUUUCUUCAAAUCUCUGAUUAUCCGGCACAGCAGCUGGUUGUCAACAGAGACGUGUCAACAUUGCAGUCCAGUAACAGCAGAAUUGUUUCUCUUGAAGCUCAGUAAUUAUACUUGAGUGCUAAAGUUUUAUCAAAGUUUUCCAUGUAGGGCUUUUUUUAAUUCUGGCUAGAGUAUGUCUCCUCAGAGUCCAUGAUUAAAAAUGAGAUAGUUGGGAUACACAGAGCGGUCUGAAACAUCUGUGGACAAACAAACUGGACGCAGUGGGAACACUGGGGUCAAGGGUCACUGGGGCGACUUCCUGUCAGGGCUAUGUGUCCGUGUGUGUACUUGUGUGUGCGUGUGUGUGUGUUUUAACUGUUACACACACUCAAACAAACUGUUCUCAGACUGUGAGAGCUGAACACGUCAGGUCUGGAUCAGUGGAGUCUGAACGUUUGCUGAAACUGUUUAUUUUAUUUUUUAGAUCGGAUCAAAUGUUUUAUUUAUAAUCAUCACAGACCUUUAACACUCCCUACGCCUUAACAUGACGUAUAACAUUGAAUUAACUUUAAAUGUAAAAACAAACCUUAACAAAGAAAAAUCUAUAUCCUGCUUUAAAGCUCCUGUGAGGAACUUUAUUUGUGUUGAUUCUGGCGCCCCCUGUAGGCAGAGUGGUUCAUAUGAUCUCUGCUGAUUUUGGAGGAGAUGUCAGAGUUAAGUCACAGCUUUUGCCCAAGAACAGUGGUGGCAGAAAAACACUAAAAGUACUUUUUUUUUUUUGCCACCACUUUAGCUCCACCCACUCAUUACAUCAUCACUGUUUGUAAACAUCAAACUGGUCUGUUGGUCCUACAGGAGCUUUAACCUUUCAAACAUAGUCAUUAGUGUUUAAUAUGCUGCAGAUUUGAUGAUGAAUUUGACUUUGAUUUGUGAUCCUCAACCCUCUUCAGAUCAACUUUAAACCUCAUGGUCGAUUUUUUUCUCUCCCUCUUUCUUUCUCACGUUCCUCAGAUGACGACGAUGACGGCAAAGCGCCCACUCAGCCCCUGUUGAAAAAAGGCAGGAGAUCUGUUUUAUUGAGUCGCCUUAAACGCUUUCCUCUGCUUUGGUUUCUCCUUUCCUUUCCUCCUGUCCUCCUUCUCUCUCUCUUUCUCUCCGUCUUUCUAUCAGCUGAUCUCUGACAGUGUAUUUUGAAUUCCUGUUGCAUUAAGACACCGUCCUGCUCCCUGCUGUCUCCGCUCAGCGUCUGCUUCAUGUUUCCGGCUUUGGAGAAUAACAUUCACUCUCUCUCUCUCUUUAUCUCUCUAUCUCUCUCUUAAUCUUUCCCUGUCCCCUCCUGCUCGGUCUCUGUCCUCUUGCCUUUAGCUUGGACUCUUUCACGUUGUGAGCGUGUGCAGGCCUUUCACUUUCCUCCAAAGUGUCUGGGGUCUUUUUCUUUCUCUGCUUCUCGUCUCUCCGGGGUGACACUUUGUCUGCAGCGUUUUCUCUUUUCCAGGAUGAAAACUACUCUCCUGUUUUCAUGUUUCAGCUGACUCCUUCUGCUCCUCUCACAGCUUCUCUCCCUGUCUGUCAGUGAGCAGCAACCACGAUGUUUCCCCUGUUCAUUUAGAGAAAAAUCAAAAACACACUGAUUUUGAGUUUAAAAUUUAAUUAUGAAACUUUUAAAAGAAGAAAAUCAUUAUGACAGAGACAACCCUUGAUUUUAAUUAACUAAACUUUGUUUAACAGGUUAACAGCCUGGCUUUGGUGUGACAAUAAUGGGCUAAACUAGAUGCAGUUAAUAAAUACUGAACCAUAACAGUCUUUCUUGCUUUAGUAUGCAAUUUAAAGGUAAUCUAAGUGAGUAAAAUCAUGUUUUUGCCCCGUUUUUAACCAUUUGGGGUCAAAAUGGUUAAAAUAUGUGACAUUUCUGGACUUAUCGAGUAGAUUUGUUAAUCUUGCCGUCUUAAAACAGGUUGCAAAGGCCUCUGCGUGAUAUUUGGAGAUCAAAGAAGACUCUGAUACCUGCUGCAGACCAUCAGAAGACUCAUUUGCACAAAAAAGUUUUGCACUCACCCAGUAGAUUUAUUUUUAUUGUAGCAUUGAAACACAAAACAAAAGCUUUGGCAUCAUCUUUACAGAUCAAAGAUAAUCUCACAUGGUUUUGACACCUGCAGCAAAAAGGCAUUUUAAAGGGAAAGUUUUCCUUUUUUACUUGAACUUAAAGCUCUAAAAUAUCCACGUAGGCUUUUCCAUCCUGCAGCAAGUAAACAGGAUGAAUUAGUACAUAAAAGUUUGCACUAAUCCAGUAGAUGUCUUGAUCCUGCAGCAUUAAAAAACAUGCCGUAAAAACCUUUGCAUAUUUUUUAAAAAACAUAGAUAAUCUCACAUGGCUGAUACCUGCUGCAGAUUGUUAGAAAAAGUGGCAUUUAGACAGAAAAGUUUAGUUUUUUAAUCUCUUGAUUAAAGGUUAGAGUCUUGCACAAAUUUACUAACUGCUAACUUUACUUACGGAAGAUUUGCAGGAGGAACUAAGAAACCCUUAAAGGUUUGGUCGGGGGCCUUCAGGAUAAGAAAAUAUUCAACAUGUAGACAAAGUGUUAAUGAAAACAGAAGUUUUUCACAAUGAAGGACGGAUCAUAAGAGUUUAGUUUGGUUAAAAAGUUCAGUUUUAACAAAAGCCGUCGGACUAAAAAUCCUGAUGAUAUUUCCCUCUAAAAAUCAGAGCAAUGAGCCCUGACUUUCCAUCUUCUACUGAAACAGUUUUUAUCAUGAGGAAGUAACUUGAGCUCUUUUCUUUCAAAAGACCUACUGGAGUGUGUGACGAGUGAAAGGGACGGCUUGAAAAGUUUCAUUUCAGUCUUUGAGUGCUCAUAAAAAAGACUUUGCCAGAGGGAGGACAAACAGGUUAUGAGUGAAUACCUCAAGGAUUUGUGUUUUUUUUUUUCUUUGUUUUAGAACAGAGUUACAUUAAAUAUCUGAAAAGUUGAUGUUGUAAGCUUAGCUCUAAAACAAAAUUGUGCAAAAAUCUUAGAUCACAUUCAGAAAGGAUUAAAAAGUGAAAGCAAAAUAUUAAAGUCAGGGAAGAUGGAUUAGUGUCAAACCUUCUGGAUUUGUUGGAGAAAUAAUGUAAAAGGAGAGCUGCAGCUGAGCUGAUCAAAUCAGGGAAAUAAAAGUCCUUCAACAUUUUAUAAAAGAUAUUAAAUUAAGUUCAGAUCUGACUAAGAAAACUGUUUUGAACUUUUCAAACCCUUGUGUUUAGAUUUUCACUUGUCUCACUGAAGUCUGAAAUAUUAAAAAAAACAAAUUUGACAACAGCCCUUAAAUGAACAGAGGAAACAGAGAUCUCUGAGGUUUGACAGCUUGUGAUUUUUGUUUUAAUAAAACUGUGUGAUAGUUUUUAGAGCUGCACUGAGGUUUUUCUCCUAACUGACUGACAACCUGCGCUGUGUUUGGUUUCUGCCCGACCUGAGCUCUCCUCUCAGGACUUUCUAUCCGACCGACAGAUGACAGCGAUCACAGCUCUGUAUCACUGUCUAGAUAGGCUGCUGUGUGUGUGUUUGUUUGACGGUGUGUUUGUGUGUGUCCGGUGCAGACAAGAAGAGCCCGACCGUCCCCCUGAACGUGUCCGAUCAGAGACUGCUGGAGGCCAGCCAGCAGUUCCAGAGGAAGCAGGGGAAAGGCACCGUGGACGUCUGGUGGCUGUUUGAUGACGGAGGUGAGGCUGAGACGGAGAAAUACCUCCUGAUUUAUUACACAGCUGAUCAAACAUUGUCUGAGUGUUAAGAUAACACUGUGACAACAGGUAACCCUGAAGUGUUGUUCUUCAGCAAGAAAACAGGCUGUGUUACGCAUCAUCCACAGUCAAGGCGCUCACUUUUGUUUAGAAGAAAAAAAAGUUCAAACAAACUUGUAAAAUGACAUGAAAGUGUCCAAAUAUAUACAGUAUAUUAGGUUCUGAAUGGCAGUCUAAACUUUUGACAGCAUAAACUCAAAGAGGUAAGUUUUAGCUCUUGAAGGUAGAGAGGAUGUCAGGACACCUGGACUGGUGGAUGAUUCCAGAGGAGAAGGACAUAAAAACUGAAAUCUCACCUAACCACCCAGACCACUCUUGGGGACACGAUGCUGUUCUGAAGGCGGUAACACACGUCUCAGCUUCUUGCACAGUCCUUUCAGAGUCCUGAUACUCUGAACAAAGUGGAGCUGAGGGGCUAAAUAUUAAGAACAGUUUGACAGGAUGCACCACGUCGUGCUCAGCAGAUUAGAACUCACACUGACAGACACAAUAUGUUGCUGUGACACAGUCCUCACUGAGCCCGUCAGCUCAGCAGGGAGUAAACAUGUGAACCAGGCCACAGGCAUGACGCAUGUGACCAACAUGCUGUCACAUGUGAUACUGCAGAUCUUCUUCAUCAUCACUAUCAGGGGCAUCACGUCAGCUUCUUCACUGUUGGCAGCACAGACACACACACACACACACACUGCUCACCUCUGAAUAACAUUGAGGCUGAGAUUAUUAUUUUUUAAAUCUGAAGAAAGACUUUUUAUUCUUUUUAUGGUCAUUAAGAAUAAUUUUUAUUUUUAUCGUAAAUAAAAAGAAGAAGGUCUAUUUGUAAGUGUUUGGCUUUGUCACACCAGCAGAGAAUGAUGCACACUUACUGAGUUGUUUUAUAAACAGUAUGUGAAUCUUUUUUGGCUGUUGAAGUAUUUUAACAUUUAUCAAACAUGAUUCUGUUUAUUAAACAUCUUUUCACCAAAGAAGGAAUUUGGUUUAAAAAAAGAUGUUAUUGCAUAAAAUACACUGAAAAAACUCAAAUUGCAAUAAACAGUUUUAGUUUUAUUUAGAUCUUUAUUUUUGGAAAAAUUAGACAUUUUUCAGAGCAUGUCAACUGAUUUUGACCCAGAAUAAGCCUAACAAGCCAUUUUUUGUACGAGCCAAGAGAUGAGCCUGCUAUAGGAGCACAUUUCAACUGGUAAAAUGAAACAGGGGAAGACUUGGCCUUAAAAAAAGUGAUGUAAAAAUUCAAAAUCCAAAGAUAAACAUUCAACGUGAGAAGAAGGUGAUUCAUGUAUAUGAGAUCAGAGGUAUUACCUAUGAGAUAAAAUCUAAAAAAAGUGACAUGAAAAGUCUAAAUUGAGAAAUAAAAGGUCAACUGUAAGAAAAGUCGUUUUUAAAAAGCCAUGGUAAUAAAUUAAAUAGUCCUUCAAUAAAAAUUGAUCAUACUUUUAAGAUCCGAGCCAUGAUGAUACAAAGGUGGUCAUAAUUUUCAAGUUAAAAAGGUUAAAGUCAUAGUUUUGCAAAAGUGAAUCAAAAUUAAAAGAUAAAAAUCAUCAGUUGAAACAAAAGUUAAAAUUUAUAAUCAUGAGACAGAAGUCAUACUUAGAUGAAUAGUCAUAAUUAAAAUGGAAAUCAUGGAUGAAACUUAAUAAUUAUGAUCACAAAAAGUCCUAAUUUGAGAUUAAAAGAGAUAAUUUAGAGAUUAAAAAAAUGAUAAUAAGGAAAACAGUUUUGAGUUAAAAGACACCAUGAAAUAAAAAGCCUUGUUAUGAGGUAAAAGUUGAGUUUUUAUAAUAGUCAUAAUUUUUCAUUUUGAUCAUGACCACUUUUCUCUCACAAUUGUAAUGUAAUUUUUAUCUCAUAAUUUGGACUUUUCAAAAAUGAUUUUAAUGAAAAUGAAUUUGAAAAUGAUUAUUUCAUAUUAUUGAGUCCAAGUCUGCUUUCGUGGUUUUAAACGGUCCGUAACAGACCCUCAUACCCUCCACUUUUAGAUCCCUCUCCUCCCUCCUCAGCCUGUGAACCCCUGCUCCCUCUGAACCUCUUAAUCCUCCUUCCUGACCUACUUGCCGCUGAUUGCUCGCUCUGCAUCAUUAGCUGCUGCGGACUGAUAAACGUUAUCAGGCGUCACCGGCUCGUCCUUCAUCCUUGGACACAGCAAUCAGCGUUUUCCUCUGGUUUACAAACCACAUCAGUAAUAUGGAGUCAAACACAUAGACUCAGCUGCUCUGACAUGCUUGUGACAACCACGUGUGAUCUUCAGCUAUGACAUUCCUCUCUCUGUCAAUGUAAAGCUUUUAUUUUGGAAACGAUCAUCCACAUGUUUUUUCUGCUCUCUGUCUGGACUUGUCAUGGUUUUAGGCGACUUACUCACUCCAGUGGACGUAGAAAUGGUUGAAAGUAUUUUGGAGAGUAUUUUUAGAAUUAAAUUUAAUAUUAUUUAACUGCAUAUAUUGCCAAAAAAUAAACAUUAUCUUUUUCUUUGAUCCACCGUGGACUGAGCUCAAGGACCGUUUGGGUAGCUGGCAGGCUGGAGAUAACAGAUUGUGCUACAAAGAGCUACACAUCUGCGUCAAAACUGCACAUUUCUGAACACAGUGCAAGUUAUAAUCUAUCAAAACAAAAUAGAAGUUUGAAGUUGAAGAAUACAACUGAGAAUGUUUGAUUAACUGGAUCUAUAUUUAUAUUCAUGAAUACUGUUUUUAAAAUAAUAAAUUGUGGCACAGACAUCUCAAAAACGACAGACUUGGAUCUCAUUUCGAGAAGCAGUGUGGAGUUUUGAUUGAUUGAUCAGGAUCAGGGUUUUUCUUUUUUUGUUUGUUUUGCUGUAACUGCGACUCCCCCUUGACUGGUCAGGAAAUCAAAGUGCCAAUAUCAGCUGCGUCUCCUCUCACACUCUGAAAUCUAACGUGAGCAUCCUCACUUUAGAGGAAAUGAAGCAGAAGCCGAUGAGUGAGACACACACUGUUGAGACUCGAGGGGAUUCGUGUUUUUUCAGACUCCAGCACCUGUUUCAUAUUUGCAUGACAGAAGCUUCGUACUGAGCACCUGUCUCCUGUCUCCGGUCCAGGUCUGACCCUUUUGAUCCCAUACCUGCUGACCAACAAGAAAAGGUGGAAGGACUGCAAGAUCCGCGUCUUCAUCGGUGGAAAGAUCAACAGGAUUGAUCACGACCGCAGAGCGUAAGUCCUGCACAGUCUUACAGUCUGACUUGUUUGAAAACCAUCAGGACAUGAAGAGAAAGCGUCAUGUGACUGCGACUGUCUGCACAGUGUAUAUAAAUGGAGGUGGAGCAGAUAUAGGGGAGCUUGGUGCAGCUGGUUAGUGUUGAACAGGGUGCAGACGUCUGUGCUCAGCUCUCUUCUGCUCUCCCUCUGCUGACACUGAAUCACAUGCAGCAUGUUCUGUUUGCACACACGUGUUGGUUCACAUGACCGCCAGAGGAGUUUGACUUUAUUUUGUUUACACUUCAAAUUACAGCUUUAAACAUGGUUGGCUCAGUGAAAGGUCACAAAGUUACUAAAAGUGUAAUAUCGUGGAUAAAAGCCUCACUAAAGAAUGGAUAGUGCCAAGCAGAUCGAAAGUGAAAAGUCAAAAAACAUUUCUCCAAGCAUGACUUUAAUAUAAGUACAUAAAUUGUACAACUGCAAGGUCACAAUACUCAUUAAUUUACAUCAUUUUUCUACGCCUCAAAUUAUCUUUAAGACACUUCAAACAUUUUAUUCUUGUUUUUUAAUCAACGUUCAAUUUCACGAACAAUUUCAGGAACUUCUUGAUAGUUUUCAGCUGUCCUCCUCUGUUCAAAGUUGAAAAAUAGGGUUGGAUGAAGAUAUAAUUUUAUAUUUAAAAAAAUGGUUUGGAGAUACAACACAGCUAAAAGUAUGCACAGUGAACAAAUUUUAAUGUAAAAUAACCAAAAAAAAAAGGUCAGUCAAAAGAGGGUAAAUAAAAGGGUCAAUGAACUCUUGUAGGAAAAUCAGAUUUGAGGGAUUUGAAAACCAUCACCACACAGAGGACUAUAAUUGGUUUGCCGGAUAUUUGGCUAAAUGCUCAAACACCCAAAUAUACAAGGAAAACCUGUCCCGAAAAAAAGGUCGACGAUGUAGGUGUGGCGAUUUUCACAUCCCCUAAAAUAGAGCAGAAGUUAAGACACACAAACAUGCAAAAAUAAUCCUCUGUUUUCAAAGCGACACCUCCCCAAACCCACCAAGCUUUCAGGCUGUUGGAAUCUUGCCUGAUUUGCUCCUAACUCUCCUUCAAAGUCCCCAAGAGCCGGUCUAAUCAGCAUCGCUAACCCCGGUUUCUGGAAGAAUUCACGCAGAAUGUAUGCAGGGUGCCAUAAAUCAGACUUUGGCUGCUGGUUAACACUGAGCCCGGCUGCUCACAGUAAUGUGAGUGGUUAGUAACUGUCUUCAUAAUGAGCUGCGUUCAUGUUCCUGUUCAUGAGGAGCAAAAAGAGCUGAUCAGUUCAUCAAUCACCAAAAUAUGAGCGUGCUCAAUAAACGGCACUUUUUUUAACGCUGAACUCAGUCACCUGGACUCAACCCAGAGUAAGGAAACCUACCUGCUUUAUAUCUGCAUAAACCUUCAUGACAACACACACGCACGCACGCACGCACGCACGCACGCACGCACACACACACACACACACACACACACACACACACACACACACACACACACACACACACACUCUUUCACCUCACGUCUCUGUCAUAGUCUCUUAUUGUCCCCUACAGCUGCCUCCCACCUCCUUUUGUUGGAUAAAAUUAGCGAGCAGCUCGCAGCAGAGGCUUUUAUCUCCGUGUGUGAGCUCACGGCUCGCUCUGCUCCAUGAAUCCACCUUUUGUUUGUUUGCUGCAAAACUACAAGCUGAAAACAGCAACAGAUACCUGACCAACAGAGAACAUGCAGAGAUCCACUCUGCAGGAUUUUUACCCACAGGCAGGAAGAGUGCAGCUUAUGUUUGUGUGGAUCUGAUGGUGGUUUCUCUUCACAUGUACAUCAAACUGAUACCUGCUGUUUUUGACAAAUCCAAGAAGCCUGAUCAUUUGUAUUGCACAAAACCAAAUCAUGAAAACCUCUGAAGAACAGAGUGUCAAACUUCUUUUUCCAGGUAUUCUCUCGCAUCUGAUUUAAGAGCAAUAAAAUGUAAAUAAUAAGGAGUAUGAAAUAAACCACAUCAUAAGAAGAGCAUUAACGCUUUAAUUUAACAGCUUAACCAAAAGCUAGGGAUUUAUUCUUGCAGAAUGCAGAAGUUGCUGCUUUGACUGAUAGACUUUUUUAUUGUUUUGUGUAUGUGGUUGGUUCAUACCACUAAAGGUUUUAAAGACUAUUAAUGGAAGAAAAAAGGUUUUGAUAUUUAAACCAGUUAAAAGCUCAUACAUCCCUCUCUGCAAACAAACCUGAGAAAAACGGUUAAAUGAGAAUGAGGUAAUUAGUGGACAGACUUUUUAGUUUGAAAAGGUGUGGUAAAAAAAAAAACUGCAAAAAAGAAAAUUGGCAACUGUUGACCUCCUCUGCUGUGUGAAGUUAUCUUUCAUGUGAAGAAUCUAAAUUCAAUCUUAGACAAGUGCGAUUAAGACUACAGUUCCUGUACAGAGGGCGCCUGCUUGAAAGUUGUUGCAUUUUUUUUUUUUCGUCCAAAAAAAAAACAGAUAUCAUGAAAGAAAUAAAGAUAUAAUGUUGAUGCUGUAAACAUACUUGAGAUUUUUCUUUCCUUUUUGCUUGAUGUUGACCAGAUUUUUUCUCUGGUUAAUUAUCAUUAAUAGCAUAUUUGCAUAUCAAGAGACAGAAAAGGAUUAAUUCGCGGUCACCAUCAAAUUAAAGUGAAUCUAAAAGGAUCAAACUACUUGAAGGUAUCCAUCACUUGCUUUCAUUUUUUUGGUAAAGUCUGUCGCUUUACCCUUAAGCUGAUCAGAUGGACCUUUUUUCUGUUCAUUCUUUAUGAAAUAAAUAUCAAACGGAGGAAAAGCUAAACAAAGGAACUUUGAGACCUAAUCCCUUUAAAAUUUGGCAGACAGACUCCUUGAUUUGCUGGUUGUUUUCUAUAGUAUGACUUUAGUGAUUUGAAUGGUGUUUUUUUGGUCCAUAAGUGAAACUCAGAAUAACACAAUCAAGUUAACUAAGUAAUCGUUGCAGCUGUGAACCACAAACUGAAGUCUGUCUGUUCAAACUCGACUUUUUCUCAGUAUAGUGCGGUUUGUUUGCAGAGAGGGAUUUAACAGUUCUGCUCCCCACAUUUCAGCUUCCCAAUCAAUAAAAGCAAAUCUCUCUAACCAAACUGAAGCGGUCGGAGAUUUCUUGGUAUUGUGGUUUUAUAUUUUAAUGCAGGAAUGUGACGGUCGAACACAAACAGCAUUAACACACGGAGUGAAGAUGUCUAAUGCUCCAUAGCUCUCCGUUUCUUUGAAGAUGGCUCUAUAGGAAAUUACCGUCAUACACAGGAUGCCUCAGAGCUCCCAGUAAAGCCCGUCAUACCUGCCUCCACCCUCCAGAGUCUCCAUGUUCAAACAGAUCUAUUUAAAGCAGCUGAGCCGGGCCUUCGCCGUGACUCAGAGCUGUUAUCUCACCUCACAGCUCCUCCAGAGUAAAAUGUCUCACAGCUAUUGUCCUGCAUGUUUCCUGAAGCUCUGUGGUUGCUUUCUCUCUCUCUCUGCAGGAUGGCCACUCUGCUCAGUAAGUUCAGGAUAGACUUCUCGGACAUCACUGUGCUGGGAGACGUUAACACCAAGCCCAAGAAGGAACAGUAAGUCCUCUUCAGUACACUUAAAAAGAGAAUAUUUUACAGCAGCGGAGACAUAUUUCACACUUUUUCUCAUCUUGAAAAUCCUUGACACACAGAACUUACCCUAAAGUUUUAGAUGCAGAUGCCAUUGAGAUGCAGUUUUUGAUCCCUUUUCUUAUUGAGGAUUAACCAUUCAGGUCAAAAAACAGCUGGAGGGACAUCUUUAACUAAUGAGGUUAAUGUCCCACAGGUUAGUAAGAUGACUGGGUAUAAAAAGGACAUUCAGAGAGGCUGAGUCUCUCAGAAGGAAAGAUGGGAGGAGGUUCACCGCUCUGUGAGAGACUGUGUGAGCUGAUAGUUCAACAGUUUCAGAAAAAUGUUCCUGAGUGUCAAAUAUGAAAGAAUGAGUGGAUUUCAUCAUCUAGAGAACAUAAUGUCAUUAAAAGAUUCAGAGAAUCUGGAGAAAUUGCUGAACAAAAGGGACAAGGACCAAAAUUAAGACUGGAUGGUCCUGAUCCUCAUGCAGCCCUGCAUUAAAAACAGACAGGACUCUGUAGUGGAAAUCACUGCAUGGACUCCAAAUCACUUUAAAAACACCAGAGACCUCUCUGCAUCUGAGUCCUUUUAAGGUGGACUGAGGGGAAGUGAUAUGAAGAUUUGACAUUCUUUUAAGAAAUCAUUGACACUACAUCCUCCUCUCUAAAGAGCAGAGGGACCUCUGAGCUUGUUAUCAGCUCACAGUUUAAAGCCAGCAUCCCUGAUGGUAUGGGGAUCUUAAGUGUCCAUUGGUAUCUUCCACAUCUGUGAAGGCUCCAUUUAUACUGAACAAUAUCUACAGGCAAGUCAUGGACAACAUUUCACUUUCAAACUCUAGAAACUGGUCUCUUGGGUUCCCUCAUGUGUACAAAGAUGUUUAUUCCUUAAAUGGAGAUUUUAUCUUCUAAAAUAUGGAAAUAUAAAGUUGAACAUUUGUUACUAACUUGCAGAAAUAAUGACCAAGAGAUGAGGCGAUUGUCAAGGCCAGUUCAAAAAUGAGUCACUGCUGCCCUCAUGUGGUCUCAGGGUGAAAAAAUAUUACACUGAACAUUUUAAUGUGCUUUGGAGGAAUAGUGUUUUUUUUUUCCGAUAAUAUUAUUUUUACAUGUAUGUGUGUAUGACAAAAAGGUGAGUUAAAAGCCGUAGACAGGUGAUCUGCAGAUUCAUACAUCUGGUCCUUUUGAUCUACACUCGUCUGAUGCUGAGACUGAAAAGGUGUAGUGCGCCUACAGGGUAUCAUCUUCAAAUCUGUAACUCACUGAGUCACUCUGAAACAGGUGUUCAGAGUGACUGGAAACGUAAAUCACGCUCAUGUUGGAGGAAAAAUGAAAAACAAAACCUGAAUCCGUUGCCCGCUGUGUGCUCAAGGGGCUUAAUCUGUCUCUACCUGCUGCAGUUGUAACGCGGGAUUAUGUAGGAAUACUUCAGAUUAACCUCUUCUCUGUUUGACCUCCAAACAUGAAGGUUCAGAUUAACUGGACUGAUUGUCUGACUGCAGGUGGACGUCCAUGUAGGUAUUUGUCUAGUAAAGCUGUUUGAUGUGACCUGAAUCUCACAUGUGGAUUUACAGAACAGUAGAUCAUUUCAUUCCUCAGUGGUUUUGAAUUUGACCACAUUUCAUUGUCCAAAUAUGGGAAUUUUUUUACUGGUCUUCUCUUAGUCUUUGAAAAGCCGUGGCAGAAAUCAAACUCACACUGUUCAAGUAAAUUGUUCAUGUCGCCUUGUUUCGUUUCCGCCGAUGUUUUCAGAGGAUGUUAACCGUGUUUUCCCUCUUUUUUUUUGUGCAGCACAACCGCCUUCGAGGAAAUGAUCGAGCCGUAUCGGCUGAAGGAGGAUGACAUGGAGCAGGAGGCAGCCGAGAGGCUGAAGAACAGCGAACCCUGGAGGAUCACCGACAAUGAGCUGGAGCUGUACCGCGCCAAGGUCAGUGCACGCCGCUCUGUUAUUCUUUUAUUUUGACACGGUUUCCUUCAAAGCGCCGCAGCAGUUUGUCUUUGUCUGAGUUCACUUUCAAAACCUCUUCAGCUCAGGAAGGUCAGAGGAGAGAGUCUUCUCUAAUCCCCUGCAGCUGACUUUAUCGGCCUCUAGAAACACUCAUCCAGCUCUGCAUGUGUGUGUGGGCGUGCACAUGUGUGUGAUCAUUUUCAGGUAAUCUGACACCUGAAUAUUUGAACCUGUAUCUGUGUUUGUUUGCCUGCAGACGAACCGUCAGAUCAGACUCAACGAGCUGCUGAAGGAGCACUCCAGCACCGCCAACCUCAUUGUCAUGUAAGCUGCUCUGUGUCUGUGUUUGUUUGUGUGUAUGUGUCUGUCUGUGUGUGUAGGUGUGUGUCUGUCUGUGUGGAUAUUAGUUUUAAAGGGUUUGCUCUAAUGCAGCAUCUGAUGGGUUAUCAAAUUUCUAUCUCCUUCAGAGGUGAAGUCUCUGUGGUCUGGAGAUUUGUAGGGAUAAAUUAGCCUAAGAAGCGACUGAGGGAUAACAGGCUGCUAAUGUCACCUCUGCAGACACAGUUUCAAAACUAAAAAGCUCCUUGUAUGAGAGAUUAUGUUUGGUAAAAUGCUGAAUUUUACCUUGGUGUUGUCAGCUGCAGUCAGAGGAGAGGUUUCAUGCUGUCUUCACUUUCUUCAGCAGCAGCUCACUCCUCAGCUAAAGAACCUGACUGAGCCAGAGAAGCUCACAGAUGGUCCAACACUGGAGGACGGCCAAACGCUGGCCUUUUAUGACAGAGCCUCAAGAUGUCAGUAAAUGUAAAGAGGGGUUAGAGAUAUCCAGGACUGAAGAAGUGUUAGUCUGCUGCAUUAGAUCCGUUUGAAAUCUGUUCGUGUCAAUCAUUUAAUCCUUUAGCACAGGGUACAGUAAUGUGGACAGCAGAAACAGCCUUAUUGCUGAUGCUGGACACUUCUCUGUACUGGUACUGCAGACUUAAAGACUGUGGGGAUUACUGGUGAGGCUCUGGGCUGGUUUUCCUCUUAUCUAUCUAACAGACAAUUCUAUGACUCAGUGGACUCAUUUAGCUUUUUAACUAACAUAGGGAGUACCGCAAGGUUCAGUUCUUGGUCCACUUCUGUUUGAUCUUUAUAUGCUUCAUUUCGGUUAUAUCAUCCAUUAACAUAAAAAAACUUCCUGCAAUUAAAACCUGACAAACAAAAGUCCUGAGAGACUCCACAAACAGAUCCAAUCACUGCUCAGCCCUCACCUCCUAAAUAUCAAAGACGCUGUUAAAAGUGUAGGGGUAAAUUUUGACUGUGAUCUGAGUUUUAAUCAUAACGUAAAGAGACAGUUUCAGUCUUGUUUUCAUCAGCUGAGGAACGAUUCCAGGAUUUUACCAAUUUCAUCUUUCAACAGCAGAGAAAAAAAAGGAUCCACUCUUUUGUCCACCCUCGCCUAGAUGAUUGUAACGUCUUGAUUUGAUGGUCCAAAACUCUGUUGAGUCAAAGUUGUGAUCAAAAGGAGAUCAAGCGAUUACCCUUUAGUUCAUACAUCUCUAUCUUCUCUUCUCUCUGCAGGAGUCUGCCGUUAGCGAGGAAGGGCGCCGUCUCCAGCGCUCUGUACAUGGCCUGGCUGGAGACGCUGUCCAAGGACCUGCCCCCCAUCAUCCUGGUCCGUGGAAACCACCAGAGCGUCCUCACCUUCUACUCUUAAACACACUUAAGCCGCAAUCUCUCUCUCACACACACACACCAGAAGGAGGACAUCCAAGUUUCCGAGUCUCACAUCCACCUCUGGGAGCAUACACACACACACACAGACACACACACUCAUACAACUCCCAGUCCAAGCAGACAACAACCACACACACCCCAGAAACGGUAACGCGCACACUGACUGGAUCUAUGCUGGGAGGACGAGCAAAGAUGGAGGAUUGAGAGGUGGAGGAGCCCUACGAGUGAUGGAGGGAUGUGGAGGUGGGGGUGAGGGGUGGGUGUUGACGUCGCCCGCUCUGCUCCUUUCUUUCUAUUUAUUCCAAGAUGUCGUUUUUUUUCUGCUUGUAGCUCUAGUUCGUAUCUCAUCUCCUGGUUUUUCGUUCUGGUCAGAGUUGAUUUCUCUCAGGCAGUCGUGCACAGCGUUCACGUCGUUCCCAUGAUAUGGAAAAUCUUGAUGUCAUACGUGUGGAGUGAACCAGACCAGCCGUUGUGUUUGUGAUGCAGCAAUAAUCACCCCGUCAUUUUUUUCCUUCAAUGUUGGGAGAGAGCCGUGCAGAACGCUUUGCAACACCUCCUAAAGCCUUAUGGAUGUGCCUUCCAGAUGAAUCAGAUGACAGAUUAUAAUCCAUUGAGGAUGUUUCCAAUGAUGCUGGUGGAGAAUAGUUUUAGUGAGUUUUAAAUGUGAUUCCUUCGUAGAUGAAGCGUUGUAUUUAUGCGAGUGGAUUGCAUAAAUUUAAUGAAGGGUGUCCACUUGAUUGCAUUUCUCUUUCUCUCUCUCUCUCUCUUUUACCCUAAUCAACAUGUAUUUUAUUUUUAUUCACUUUUGAGUCUUCCUUUUUAAAGCUGUUGAAUAUUCGCCGUCACCAGACACAGUCAGAUGUUCUUGUCUGUCAGUAAAGACAUGAAGGUGGCUUUGAAUCGCCCGUGUAGCUGCUCUUUGAUGAUCUUUUUCAUGUGUUUUCGUGUCCACAUGUUCCCUAAAGAAAGAGAAAUUUCUCCACACAACAAGCUAGUUCAACUUUGCCUUAAUGCUAACGAUUGUCACCAGUUCUUUUUCUCUUAUAAGCCAUACUGGCUGGACGGUUUUUGGGUACAUGCAGAGAGCGAUCUGUUUGUUUCUUCUUUUUACCCAUCAUCCCCUGCGUUAGUCUGCACAGCACUGACUGUAGGUCCACAUUUUACUGCUGAAGAUGUUCCACUUUUAGCGCCUCAGAAGUCCUGUUUGUGGCUAUUUGAUGGAUGGCUGGUUUUUUCGUACCCACAGUGCUGCGCUGUGCAGAAAUUGAGUAACUCACGGCGUUGCUGGCAGGAAGAAUGUGACAUGAGAAUGUGUCAGGGCUGAGUGAAGAUAUACCUCUAUGCAUAUGAGCUUGUAACGUACUUGUAAUAAAAGUCCAUCGCUCCGUCAUGUCAAUGGACCGACUCGCCUCCGUUUGUUUUGGGAGCACUUUCAGGCGCGUCACUUUUUCUGCACACUAAUCUUUUCCUACAAAAACACACUGGCUUAAAGUCCCAACGCUGCAAGAAUCGCCAGAACACUAAUGUUUUUAAAAAGGUCACGUUUCCCCUGAUAUCACAGGGAGGGUCCACUCGGCCACAGGGUGGGGGCACUUUGAGAAAACCAAAAAGGUCAUUUGUCUUGAAUUAAGCUGAUACAAAGCACAACUGCUACUUUGUGGAGCGGUACGGUUCCAUUUCUUUUUAAAACUUCUGAAUGCAAAGUUCAUUUUAGGGAAAGCAAGUGGAUGUAAAUUCACAAGGAGAUGCCCAAACUGAGGAUAGAUGUCUUUUUACGUGAGUUCAAAUCUUUAAAGUUGAGGGGUUAAGACACCUGAGCUCAAACUCAUGACCCCAGAGAGACGGUGAUCUGUAGGAAAAUACAGAGCGUGAGCUACUCUCAGAUUUUAAUUUAGUAAUCGCAUCUGUGAAGUCGAAAACCUGUGAUGAAUUGGCUUUACUAUUGCCUCAGUAGCUGUUUUAUCGAAGUAUAAUUCCCCAACACAUGGAUAAUUAAAGAAUAAGCAGGAAAAUGUCUUGCAAAGUGUGCUAUUUAUUUAGGAAAAUAACCAUACAGCACCACAGACUGUGGAGGAGAAGUGAACACAGUGUCUGCGAUUCCAACCACUGUUCGUAAAACCCUAUUGAAGCCUUACAUUUGGUAUUUCGCCAGGACCACUUUGUUUUAUGGAGCCAAAAGUGACCAUAAUUGAAGCAAACAGCCCACCCUACAUUCACCCUGUUUUCUGUCUCUAAGUGGGACCAUAACAAACUGAAGGAUCAUCAUACUGUUUUUGUAGAAAACUAUCAACUAGAGAUUGAGACCGUAAACUCAUUAGGGAAAUGUUCACUGAUGGAGAAAAUCUACUGAGAAGUUGGACCAUUCAUUUAUGUGAUCAGACUUUGUUGAGCUCCCUCUGCUGGAUAUUAGGAAGAAUGCAGAUUUGUGACACUUUGGUUCACUUUCCCAAUCCAGAUCCUGUAUCCACAUCUCAUACACAGUCUGUGGAGAAAGCUUUCUCUUUUGUGUUAAAGAAAGUGAAUUUUAAACCCAAACAAAAAGUGCAAAUAAAAAGUCUUGAACGGAAACUCCGAGUUAUGGCUCUAGAUUCAAAACUGCCACAAACUGAUGGAUUCAAACAGGGUUCUCUUUAUUUAUGAUGUUUUGAUUUUUGUCACUUGUUCGACAGAGAGAAGCAGGUUUAGCAUUUAGCAUUUGUGUACUCUGUCCUUUUACUGUAUGCAAUUUCAAAAGAGGAAUGUGACAGGAUUCGUAGGUUAGCUGAAUGUACUGUAUUAUAGAAAUAAUCAUAAUAAUGAACACCGCCGCUAGGAGUUAGCAAUCAUAGUCUGUUUUUGUUUCCUGCAGUUAGCACAGUGUCGUUGUGCUGUUAGCAUUUUGACUGCUGCAUCCCAUCACUCUGCUUCACCUGCACAGUGUGUGUGGACCAGGACUUUGAUAUACUUACAUGUGUAUGUGUGUGCUGUGGGGAGAGCUUGUUAUGAGUGUAUAUAUGCAUACGCAGUAAUUGUAUACACACUCAUGCUCAUCAGAGUGUUUAAUAUAGCCUCAGUACUUUCAUACUAUGUGUACAGCAUGCAUUGAGUGAGGAUAUUUUUAAAACUGGUACAAAGACAAUCUCUGGUUGAGUUAUUGUGCAUUUAAGCGCCCCUCCUAAAGCCUCUUUGUUUAGAGGUUUAGAUGCAAACUAUCCCAGUAUUUCAAUCAAAAACUCUCCAAAACAGACAACAAGACUUUCAUAUCAUGCCAAAACAGCAUCUCUAUUAAAUUGGAUUUUUUUCCAACGUAAGAAUACUAAAUAUUUAGAGGAGACAUACUUUUUUUCCCCUUUUCAUUAUGUCAGUGUGGGACACCUGGAGAUCAUCUUAACAUGAUCUGCAGCUGAAAAAAGUUAAUCUCACAUUGGCACCUGUGAAAACCCUCAUUCCAGCUCUUUUCUGUCUCUGCCUGGGAGGCUUUGUUUUGGCUACUUUAACGCUGAUAGAAAGCAGAAAAGUGGCUUGGGGGGUGUUACUUUUUACACAGUUAUCUCAGACCUGAAAGUUUUUAUUGUCAGCUGUAGUAAUGUUUCUUCCAGCUUUUGGUUCUGAACCUUCAUGAAGGUCUUUUUAGGUGAACAGCUCCAGAUUUCUGUAAACAGUCCGCUGUUUUUUGGGGGGAGGCCUUUGUCUUUGGGAAGAGAAAAGAGUUGAGACUUUGCUUCAAAACUGAAAGAAGACUGAGAGGAACUUUAGUGACUGACUGAACCAACAAAGAGCAGAGAGGAAGAUGGGUAAAGAAUUGUGAAAGAGCUGCUAACUUAGUUCUGACUGGAUGACAAAGGCUGGUGUUGGUUUCAGGACAAGUCUACAAAGUUGUUGAAAGGUGCAUCUGAUGGAUGGAGAAGGGAACAUUAACCCUGCAGAAAGAAAGUCCAAGUAACGAUAUUAACAUGAAAAGAACAGGGUUUGGUUUUGACCACUGAAUGGGUGGGGCUAGUUUUCUCUCUUCUGGCUGGCUCGCCAAAUUACUGUCAGUCUCACUCGUUGCAGUGGUAUCUAUUGAGCUGGUUGAGAAGGUUCACAGCACACAGUAUGUUAAAGAGAAGCAGACAUUUGAGGGAGGUUUGAAGACACCUGCAGUACCACCGUUCGCCACAUGGGUCAUCAAAGAGUGUGGAACCAAGAUAUUUGAGGUUAUUUGUAAAGUACAUUGAUUUUAUGUAGAGAAACUGCCUCAAAAGUUCAUUAUUAGAGUUUUUAUACCAAACAGUUUUUGAAGCUAAAUUGUGGCAUGAAUUUGGGAUGAAAUAGCAGACACCUUGUGGCAUUAAGGGGCGCUGUCGUGCACUAUAACUGAGCUAAAGAGUGUGUCUUUGGCCUGUUCAUGUUCUGCUGUGAAGCGUCACUCUCCCCCCCGUUACACAUUUCAACAAGAACACGGGUUACUCUAUAUUUGUACAUUAAAGACUAUAUAACUCUAUAUAAACUUGCCUCUAUAUACACGUAUAUAAAAUGUAUCAGUGGGACCUGGAGAGGAACUUUAUCUUUGAUACAUCACAGAGACCUCUGUCAACAUUUUACUACCAAAUAAUGAUGCUGUUUGUGUGUCGUCUUUUCAUUUCUGUCUGACGGAUAGAUCUCAAACUCUCUGUGUCCUACUGAAGAAACCAAAACAUACCUGUACCUGUCUUCAUGUCCUCACCUGACCCUCCUGGUUAUUACUGUAUCUGUUAUUUUGCCAAAGCCCCCCUCCUCUCCAUGAUGAUGGACGCUGUGUAAAAACUCAUCCUGGUCUUUAUAUCUCAUGGUGGUUGAGCUCUUCUUCACACUGCGACAUGAUGAACUAACCUGUAAAUAAACUUCAUAGUCUAACGGCGUAAUUAAGGGAGAAGAAUAAUUAAUUUCAAUAAGGAGAAAGAUAUUUAUUUUAGUUUAGAUUUUCUCCACACUUUUUGUCUUCUAUCGGUUUUGGUUGUAAGUUAAUUUGCAUGUUGAUUUAUUUUCUUUCUUUUUGUUUUGUUGCCUUUUGAUUUUAGCAGAUUGUCUUUUUUCUCUCGGUGUAUUUCUAUCUUUUCGAUGCCUUUUUGAAGAAGAGUCUGGAGGUCAGCAGUAGAUCAGACCGUUUUUUUUCUCACACACUUGAGGAUGGAAUCGACCCAGCUGGUAGAAGCAGGAAUGUUUUGAUAUACUGUACUGUUAACAGUCACAGAUAUGCUUUUUCUAACAUUUUAACAUUUAUGAUUACCAAUACUUUGUACAUCUUUAUUGCAAUAAAUAAAUCAAAUGAAAUCUGAUUCAGCUGAAGACUCUUCUUUGUGUUCUUUAUUCUUGGUCAUCUGAUUUUUCUUGCUCUUCUGGUCCAAAAAUCUGUCCUCAGACACUGAGAAAUGAACCAAAACCCCAAAGACUACAGACCAGUCAAAAGGCUCAGGGAGAGAUGGACUUCAUGUUCUUUGAUUUGUUACUCAUUGCCUGUGUGAAUGAUGACUCCAAUUUGCAACAGUUUAUGACCCAUGUCAACCAGAUCAACCUGUCUGUUUAGUUGUAUUCUCAGUUUACUUUCUGUUUUAUGUUUUUUUUGUUUGUUCGUUUUUUAGUUUAGUUUUUUUAAUGUAUAUAUGCUUCGUUGUUUAUUGUGUUAAAAAAAAUGAAAAUUCAAUCAAUAGAAAGUUAAAAAAAUAAUAAUAAUUAAAUGAACCAAAACUUUCACAAAGUUCAAGUCCAGCCUAAACUUUUCGAAAGCUCAUCAUGGUAUAUGCGUUUAUGUUUAAAUGUGACAGCCCAGAUAACUCUCUGCAGUUAACUGCAAACCCAAGAUCUGAGACAUCGUCAACAAAUGUCUGACUAAAUCCGACUAAACGUGUCUAAUUCGCUCUCGGAGGGAUGCUACAGCUAGCUCACUAGCGGCUGUUUCUUCUUCCUCUUUGUUUCUCCUCUGUUGAAAGACAUGGCCCAGUUUAAUAGUAUAAUCAUCAACUUACUUUUAGCAAGAUAACAAUGUACUAACUUUUUUUAAAAAGUUACCAUGACAACACCUGUGUAUUGUGACAGCCUGAAUGUGGAACUGUCUUAUAUUUGGGGUUUAGUAAUGUCUGCAUUUCCAACAUUUAAAUAGCAACAUAUUUCAGAAAACAGCUGCACUGUUAACAUGAAAUAUUGUUAGAAUUUGAUAUUCAUGGUCUCCAGAGUUUACAGUGCAGCAACAGCACGUCCACCAUGACACCAUUAGGUUCCAGUUUCUCCCUCACAGAGUAAAAAAGUUACGAAGAGGCGAGGUUAAUCAGUCCAUCCUCAUCUGUCAGUUUUUACUCUGUAAAACCAGAACUGGCACAAUGAUUACAAUAAGAACCACACAGACCGACACACUGACAGCAGAGAUGAUUUUACAGAGUCUUUUUCUCUUCUGUUCAGCUUCUGUUUUCUUCAACAAAGAGUCAAAACCGGGAGUGUAAAGAUCCUCCAGCCAGAAGUCCAGAUCUUUGGCCGUCUUCUCCUCCUCCUGCAGAGGAAAUAGAAAUACUGUCAAAUUAAAGCAUGCAGCAGUACUUCACAUCUGCUCCCUUCAUAUAUAAGUCAUCUCAUGUAAAAUUAAACUGUGGAGAAACAGGAUUAAAUGUAAAGCUUGAUCUUGACCUAAUUCAGAGCUAACAGAUUUGGCUUGUUACUGGUUUGUAAAUGAAGUUAAAGUUGAACACGGGGUGGCAGCACUGCAUUAAAUUUCACCUUGACCCAAAACUUUCAGCAGUUAUUGAGCUCCAUGCUCCGUUUAUUUCAGUAUAUUUGUCUGUUUUAAAUACUAAAUAUCUUCACAUUUGCAGUUUCACUCUUAAAUCUUUUCUUUAUACCCAAAAUAUUUGAGGCUUUGUCUUCAGUUACUCAUUCCUGCAAGGCACUGCAAAAUAGUGGAGGGGGGGUGAAAGCACAUUAUGCAGCAGCAGGGUGAUCAAAACA